GCUUGGCUUCAAAGCUCUGUGCCGAGCUCAGUUGGGGGCCUUCAAAGCCCCCUGUCUGUCGGCAGGUUUAGGCACAGAGAAAGCUUCUUGUUCUUUAAGGAUUUGGCUCACAAAUAACGCCCGGCCAGGGCCAAGGCAGCUAGGCUGCACCCUGACAGGAUGGUGGACAGACAUUUUAGUGAUGUGUUUUGGGGUCUAUUUCUGCAUCUAUCUGAGUGAGUACUGGCUCUGUUUGGUUUGUUCCUCUCUCUUCUUAUGGUUCGUCUGCUGUCUUCUUCUCUUAAGAAAUGUGGUUUUCCUGUAAGAAUAUUUUUGUGACCAUUUAAAGUUACUCUUGAGGUUUUCUCUUUACCAAAGGAAAACAUCUCAGAUAGUUUUGGGAUCUUCUUUUUGCAUUAUUAUUUAAUGAAGUAAUAGACCUGCUGAAAAAUAUUAAAUUUGUAAUUCUAAAUAAAACCAUUGACUCACAUUAUGUUGCAUUAUCAUUUUUCAGAUUCAGUUUGAUUACAUCAAUUCAAAUAGUCUUUUUUGCUUUGUGGAGAGCAGUGCAACAGCAAAGGCCGACAUUUUGAUUUUUAGAGCGAUGCUGGAGCUGCUUUACGUUCGUUUAAUACAAAGCUUUGGACACAAAAUUAAAAAUCAGGCUUGAAAAGGUUUUUUUUAUUUUUUAUUUGUUCUAACAACGUAAUACGACUGUUUUACUUUUUAAACCAAACAGUUUUUAUUUCAGCAGAUGUAGCACUUUGACGGAUGCUGAGAUUUGAUUUCUGACAGCAGAUUAGUUAAAAAGAAGAAGCCUACAAUUCAGUGACACUCAAGCAUAUAUCAGUGUUAUUAUUUUUUUUUACCCCUCGUGCCUUGGGGAUUGUUUGAGUGGGAACUUGUUCAGAAACAAAACAACAGGUUCCCUAGCUGUAUGCCACAAAAAGGGAGGAGACAGGAACUUUUCCUGGCCAAUCAUUGAUCAUUGUUGGUUAAAAGGUCUUAGCUGUGAGGUCUUAUGGGGCAAAAAAAGGUCUGUUUAGCUGUUCAUAUUUAUACAAACGAAGACAGAGAAAAUAUUUUUAGUCAUGUUAAUUUUGUACGUAUUUGGAUGAAUACGCCAAUGUAUUCAUAUUUGCAUAUAGUGAUCAGGUAAUUGAGGUGCGCUGAUGUUGCAUGAGUUGAUUUGUUCGUUUAUUCAUAGUUGUAUUUUGAGCGGCUGAUAUGUCUGUGUUUUGGGAUUUAAAAGAAAUAACAUUUUUGUCGAGUAGCGUAAUUUUGAAUUUUUGCCAGAUAGCUUUUUGCAGAAGCUGGGAGAGGUUGUAUGUAUGUAUGUGUGUGUGUGUGUGUGUGUGUCUGUGUGUCUGUGUUUGUGAGUUUCCAUAGAGCUUAAGUGAGGUUAUCUCAAUAUAUGUAAGGUCACAAUGUGUGUUUUUUUGACCAUAUGUUUAUAUAAAAGCACACAUUCAUAAGCGCACAUGCACCGUGCAUUUAAUGACAAUAAAUGUUUGGCACACCAGAAUUAUUUAACACUCGCAUUAAUACACACACACACAGAGAUAACGACUGGAUACCAGGCACAAUAACCUCCAUUUGGACCACCUCUGCAGUGGGUGUUAGUAUAGCAACAGGAAAAAAGGAUUGUCAACCAGAAGUGUCUCGCAACAUGUGCUCACAAGGCUGUUAAAAAAAACAAAUAAGAAUAAAGAUAACAAUAACAAAUAUUAACAGAUGGUCAGAGAUCCAGAUCCAGAUGUCCCUUGGCAAUAUUUACUGAGACAACAGCAGGCAAGGGCAGUUAUAAUUAAGUAUGCAUUAAGUUCAGCAAUUGUGUUUCUUAUUUGUUUUUGAGUUAAUGUGCUUUAUCAAAAACAACAAGUUAUUGGCAUUAUAUAUAUAUGAGCAUUAUAUUUUAGCAAUUGAUACAUCUGCUCACUAAUUAUCAGCAUCAAUCUUUUGUCAUGUCCAUCAAUGUCAUAAUUCUCAUAUCCCUGUAGCUUUGACCAAAACUUCCCUUGAAGGUGAGGCUGGACCUGGCUGUGUUUAUACAUAAAUACACAUGUAUAUCAUCUUAUUAAAUAUGGCUGAAAAAUAUCAAUAUGUGUACAAUGUAGUUCAUGUACGUGUGAAUUUGUCACCGUUGACAGUGGGUGGGAAGAUAAUAAAAUGUCUUCUGUAAAUUUUAGGCUGUGAGACACGCUAAAUCCUGCAGUAUAUUUACACACCGUUUAUUUUGAAUUAAAAUCAAGUAGCUGUAUUAUGGCAGUGUUUAAACAGACCAUCACAUUCAUAGCACAUGAAUAGUUUUCCUUUAACUGCACCUGUUCUGAAGUUCAUCUCAUUGUAGCAUCAGUCUUGCUCUUUAGGCUGCUGAGGAUCACAGGAAUCACAGACACCAUCGCCUUUUCUACAGCUGCUAGUAUUGUGGCUCCCUUUGCACAAGUGCAUCAGCUAAAUGCCUAAAUUGUCAUUGUAAAUGGUAGGCCUGCCCACAUGUUAGCCCAAUGGUCACAGCACUCUUAAGAAGCAGUGCUGAGAAGCUAGCGGGAUGAGAUCGAAACAGGCAGCCAUUAUAAUCAGUCAUUCAGCCUUUUGGAGUAGACAUUCAGUGUUUGUGGUUUGUUCUAAAUUCAAAGGGAACCUUUGUGACCUGCUGGCUUUCACAUCAGCCUAAAAACACUCUGCUCUCCCCCCCGUUUUCUCCCCCUUCUUUUUUUUUUUCUUUUCUUCAUCCCAUCAUUCCCUUAAACUUUCUCUCCUCCACUCCCACCAAGUCGAAACUUCUCUUCUCCAUUUUAAACACACUCUCGGUCUUUUUGGUAAAAUGCAACCAAAACCAGGCGCUUUAAAAGUCCCACUGAAGCUAUGACCUGUGAUUGCGUCAUUAGUUAAAAAUUUGUCACCGUCAAUAUUUGUUAUAAUGUUCAUCAUGUUUGUUUUCCUUCAUAGUUUAUGCAUUUUUCUUUGUUGAUUAAUCCACAGUACUAACUGCAGACCUCCAGUUAGUCGUCAUUAAACACCACGCUUAGUGGAUCUGUUGAUAAGAUAUGUUAGCGUUUUGUCUCUCAGUUAUAGUUCUGUGCCUCUUCUUUUUGGUCAAGGUCAAACAUUGUCAAGUGUAUUUGAUUGUUGUUUCUGUUGCUCAUCUAUAUACAUACGUGUCUCUUUUAUUUUUGCUGUAAUGUAUAGAUUCUGAUAGAAAACCCUCUGAGAUGGAGAUGGGAGUUGUGCUCACAGCGUCCCCCUGUUCAAAUUUAAAUAUGGACAGGGUUAUGUGAGGAGAACUGUGGGUGGGUGCUUUUCUUGAUUCUAACCAAUGAGUGAUUCCCAGGAGGACAUUCUCAGAACUGAAGGCGGAGCUCGAAAAACCAAAAUGAAGAAGUCGUGUUGCAACACCAUUGCAUUUUUGUUGAUAUUUAGCAUUUACUGCGAAGGAACAUUUCACUUUUUUUUCGUAUUUUUGUCACCUUUGUAAUUUCUAAAACCAUUUUAGAGUUUGUGUGAAAACAGAUUUCUCCUUUGAUAUAAUACGAUGGAAAAUUAGGUUUAUUGGCUCAAGAUCAUUCUUAUUCACGGUCAGAGCAGAGGGGGGCAGGGAGGAGAGUCUUGCCCAGCAGAGGAAAGAGUGGCCGGUAGUAUCAUGAAAAUAUGGAUGGAGACACAAACACUCGCAGUCAGAACAAUUCACACCCCACCAUCGCUGCCCUGACCUGUAUAUGUUUGGGCUGUGAGAGAAACGCUAGAUAAACACAAGGUGGGAACAUGCAAACAGCACACCAGAACGUAGUAAAUGAGCUAACCACUGAGUCGCUGUGCCGCCCUGGUAUCAUUACUGUCACACCCUGUGUUUCUGUCCCACCUUUUCCUCCCUUCCCCAUGUCUUUUUCUCUCUCUCAGCAGUGCAGGUAUAGCCCGUGUGUAUGUGUGUGCCACUUCUACAGCAAACUGUGGUUCUCAGCUCUCCACUGUGCUAAUCAUAUUCUGGCAAGUUGUUAGCUGUUGCAGGCAAGAGGGAGGCAGGGAUGGAGGGAGGGUGGGUGGGGGAGAGGAUACGGGAUGUGGUGGAAUAGAAACAGUAGAUGGGGAAAGAGGAGGUACAUGUGGGUGGGGGGCUGAAGAAAGUGUGACAGAGGAGGAGAUGGGAGGGUAGUGUGCUGUAAUUAGCCAAGUUUUGCAGUGGUUUAACUCAGACACAUUGUUGAGGUGUGUUGUUGAAGGAUACCUGAAUCUCUCUCCUGCUCUCUCUCGCUCUUUUUUUUGUCCCCUCACCCUCCCCUCUUGUCUGCGUCUCCCUCUCUACCUUUAAAUAAUGCAGUGUGAGAGAUGGUUCUUACAUACUGAGGGGGUGUCAGCAGACAGUUACCGAACCGUCAGCGCCAUUGCACCUACCCAAAUGACAAAACACAUAUGAGCACAACCACAACCACACACACACACACACACACACACACACACAUACUCCUGUCAUCUCUGGUUAGUGUGCAGGUAAACUCUGCGGCACAGAGAGGAUAAUUAGACGGGCUCAUACUGUUAACGUAUAACAUUAAGGCCCAAGAGCUUCAAAUAAGAGGUACUGCCACAUAAUUACACACAAGCGUAUGCAGAAGAACAGACUGGAAGUGCCAAAUAAAUUCAGAUGUAUUGCAGAAAAAUCAGGCCAUUACAACAAUGUGUUUUUAUCAUGUGACAUCUUUACCGUUAUAAUGUAUUUAGAUUUAUGGCACAGAUCAGCAAUGUAAACAAAUCAGAAGAUAUUUCAUUAAACUUCAUAAAAACAAUUACUUAGUGAGAAGCGCUGACAGGCACAAGGCUGGAGUAUUGUUUGUAUGACACUAAUAAUAAAAUACAUCAUUAAUUUCUUUAUCACAACAGUGCACAGUCUAAAUAACAGAAUGUGUUGUUUUAUCUCUCUGUUAAAUUGGAGACAGUCCACCAUUAAAAUCCACACAGAAAACAUAACCUAAAUUCUUAGUGUCUCUCUUGCAAAAUAGCAUUUUUCUAAGCUUAAUAGGUUAUAGAUUUUGCACGUUUCUUACGCACUUCAUGUGGAGCAUAUACCUUUUUCCACAUACAUUGAAAAUUUUUUCUGUUUAUUAUUGUUUAAUUAUCUGAAGGUAAGACCACUUUAGGGUGUCAUAAUCCGUCUAAAACUUAUAUCAGCCAUACAGCUUUGCAUCUUUCUUUAAAUUACCUAUGUCCUUAGGCAGCAUGGAUGUACUGAUGCAGUGAUUCAGCCUGAAAAUGUCAAGGUAUGAAAAAACUGUACACCCAUCAGUAAAAAAAUUCACGUGUUCAGAAGCAGAAGGAACACUAAUUUUAGAUUUCAAAAGCUUUUAAAACUCUAAAUGUCAUUCUUACAAUGUAGAGAGACUGAACAGUUUAUGAACAAAAGUGUCUCUAGCAGUUUAUGUCAGCGAGAAAUCAACAUUUUUUAAAGGCUCUUGCCUCAUAUUUGCAUGGCCACAGUGACAACGUUUAAAACAAUGUAAAUCAUCAUUUGUUUGAUCUUAUUUUGUUUUUAGAAUUAAUUGGCACAAAGCAAAAAACCAUUAAACCUCGUCUUUUGUCGGAGUAAUGGGGUCAUUUUAUGUUAUGGAUGUUUAUGCCUUCAGAGUGUUGUGGGUUUUAGCAUCAGCCAAAUUUUAAUGUGAUUUAUAUUAAACCAUUAUAAAAUUGCUGGAUGCUGCCAAAUGAAAUACAACAGCUUUUGUCAUGUCAUUGUGUCUCAGAAAUCACCAAAUAUCAAGUUGUGCUGUUUUAUCACAGACCAUUCUCCACCCACUGACUUACCCUAUACCUCCUAAACUAUAUAAACUACAUGAAGACAUAAUGUAACCUUGCAGUCAUCCUUGUUUGACGGAGUCUGUCUUACAGUACAGGUUCCCUGUGUUACAGAGCUUCUCUGGGCCUCUCCUAUUUUAGUUUUACUCCCAGGAACCGCUUUUUUCUUGGCAAAUAUAGCCAGACGCUUUUUUUUUGUCUGCCUGUCAACACAGGAUCUGUUGCUACUUCAAUAAUCUCAAUGUCAAAUUUGUAUUAGGCAAAUAUCUAAUAAUAGCCAGUGUGUUAGACGGAGGGCUCUUGCCAGGGUUUAGACACACAGAGCUGUCACACUGUCAGCAUCCCUUGAAUAGAGAGCUGAUGAAAUGGCUGCCUGUAAUACAAUUUGGACUCAAUUUAAUAAACAAUAGACAGCACAGUGACUUUGUAUUACAUUACUGCAUGCCUAUUAUGCAGUGUCUCUGUGAGGCUGUUUAAUUGCACUGUGACCUCUGAGUGACACAAUGAGGAACAUAAAGAAAAGCAAAGUCAGCAAAUUAUAAUUACCUCCAGCGCCUCUGUGCCAGUCGUAUAUAAAAGGGUCAAACUGGAAUUGGUUCUGUGUCUCUGUGAUUUGGGUAAGUCUGUGGAUAUAAUGUUUUAUCUUUUAUGCUUAUUUAUAUAAAAGCAAUCUCAUUGGGUUUUUUUUUAAAUGAAAUUUGUAAAAAGUUUCAUGUUCAAUGAUUCUGGGUGUUUCAAAAGUGUCAAACACCUGACAAAUCAGGAGUGUGUGAAACAGGAAUACGGCGGAGGAUGAUGCGGUAGAAUAGAUUAUUAUAUUAUUAAUACUAAGGGGAUAUUUCCUGUAUCAUUUGAAAGGAGAAUAUCACCCACACGGCUUUGUACCCACAGCCGAGGCGAGGCUGCCUUUAUGCAUAAUUCAUAUUUCCAUAUCGUCAUGGUGAUCAUGUGCAAUGAGUGUUUGCUCUCACAGCAGGGGAGCUGGUUGUUGCUGGUGUUGUAGUGUGUGUGCAUAUGUGUGUGUGUGUGUAGAGUGGGCUGCAGGGAGGUGGUGUGUAAGGGGGGUAGAAAGGUGUCAGGAGGGACUGCUGGAAAUGCCCUGAACGAGAGAGAGAGAGAGAGAAAGAGAGAGAGGAAAGUGUGACUAGUUUAAAACACCAGCACAGUAUUCGCUUUAAUUAUCUCCCAUCUCAGAGCAGCCCAUUUUCCCAUAUUUCCAACUCCAGUUAUUUUUACACCGCACAAAUAGACACCAGGGUUGGGAUGGGGAGGCUUGAAGCAGCUUGUAAAUAGAUUGUGAGUCAGAUUUAUUCUACACACCUCUGCCCUGUUACCCCUGGGGGGGUUUGAGGCAUGUUAAUUGAUCACAGCCCACUGCUUUCUAAUAAUAUCUAAAAAAGUCAUUUCAUAAUUAAAACUCCAUCUUGAGCAAAUAUUUGCUUUUGAAUCACUGGGAAAAGAAAGUAAGGCAGAGUGAAAAUGAAACCAAACCUGUUGUGCAAUAUAUCGAGGCUUCACUGAAACCUGUUAUUUCUUUGCAUUAACUCUUAUCAACAACAAACAUCUGUGUAUGUAUUUCACAAAGUAAAAUACUUAUUCAGUGUCAUAAUUCAUUAUUCUGUUGGUAAAUUUUGGCUCUUUAAACUUGUAAUCUGAACUUCAGCUGGUUCAUGUGCUCUCUUUUAUUUCUCGUGUACUCAUCAAAAACAUAAAUAAAUAAAUAAAAAUAAAAAAUGAGGCUGCUUCAUUUUGAAAACAGGCCACCUGAAAAAAUUAGAUUUUUGCUGAUUUUUUUAAAUAUAAAUGAACGCCUGAAUUCAGCAUAAAAAUCUGUCAAAUCAAUAAAAAAGUUCCCUAGUGCUCUGGUUGAGACCUGACCUAAAGCUAUAAAGAUACAAAACCCUGAGACUAUAGGCUGAGAAAAGAAAGCAGCAAACAGUGGUGAGGGUUGACUUGUAGUUCAGUUUAGUUUCCCUUCAAAAAUCAUCUUAUGACCUUUGUUGCACAACACGCUCCUCACUGUCUUGUGAUUCUUGCCACUUGACUCUGUACAAAAAUCCAGAAAUACCUUAUGAGGGAUUGAAGAAACAACUGAAAACUAUUCUUUACUGACCUUCUUAUUGACCUUAUGGUGAGAAGUAUGAUUCUUUAUUUUACUCUCCAGAACAACAACAGUGGCUAUGUAUGUUCGGUUAAGCUUUGAGUGUAAUCGAGGGGUUUCUGAGGCCUUUAGGUUGAAAAUGUUCCCAGCAAAGAUUUGGUCACCAGAUUAGACAAGAAUCAUUUAGAGGAAAACUAGAAAUGAACAUGUUUAUUUUUUUUUUUCCCAUUAACAACACCUGGCCAGGUGUGUUUGAGUAAAGUAUUUAACCAUCAACUUUUCAAACCAAGUUUUUCCAGGAGAGAGCGACUUUUCUGAAGUGGGUUUUUUACACUUUUGCUCAGAUAAUAAAUGCUGAAAUAAUAAUUUCAAGGAAAUGCAAACAGAAAAAAGGGAAAAAAAGUGACUAGCACGAUGUCCUUAUAGAAAACAACAGUGUUAACUUAGUUUGUCCUUGAAUUGUAUGUAUUAUUAUUAUUAUUAUUAUUGUGACGUGCACUGCUGACCCCUUGGCCAAGUCACCUUUGUAAAAGAGAUCUCAAUCUCAAUGGGUUUCUUACCUGGUUAAAAAAAAGGUUAAAUAAAAAUAAUAAUUAAAAAAAACAAUAUUAUGAUUCUUUUAUUGUCUUUUACUCGUCUGCCUUCUCCCUCUUCUCUACAUCCUGGGUGAAGUUGAAUCGAUCUGGUUCCUGUUCUGGGUCUUUCUGAGAAGCUCUUCAGUACACACACACACACACACACUCACGCGCGCACGUUUACCAACUUGUGCUCAAUCUUGUUUCGCUCUCUCCCAGUGGACAAGAUGGACAAGAAUUAAUUACCCCCACCCGUUAUGGACACACACACACACAUAUGCACACACACUCACACAAACUAAAAAGAAAGGCAUACAAAUACACACUUUACCUUUUAUGUGUGUUAGUGAGUGUGUGUGCACUCUGUUUAUACACUAAGGAGGAGUGUGAAGUUGCUCAUACUUAGUAUUCCCUUGGCGUCUCACAGAAAGAUAUUGCAUGUGUGUGUGUGUGUGUGUGUGUCUGGUGUGUGUGUGUGUGUGUGUGUGUGUAUUUGUGUAUGAGUGUGUCUGUCCAUACACAUGUGUGAAGGCUGAAAUUCAGAAUGGUAUUGAUUAAACUCAGCAGGGGGUGAGUGUGUGAGCUCUGCAGAUAGCUCACUCACCUGCCACUCUGCAGACACACACACAAACACACACACACAAACACUCACAAACAUCAAACUGUCCGCUGGCUUCAUUAGAAAGAGAGGACUGGCUUUGGAUAUGAUGAAUCAAAUAAAUCAGGGAAUUUUAAUUCAGCUUUGUAUUGAAAAAUGUUUUAACGGAUCGUUUUCUGUCCGUCUGUUCGCAAUCCUGUCGGGCUUGAAUUUCAACUCUGACGGUAAAAAUUUCACUUGGUCAGUACCAAAAAACAGCCAAAUCCUUUCUGUCUUUCUCCUGCUGUUCAAUUUUAACUUUGCCUUGAGGAUUACAAGUUUACCUACAAAAUUACAAGAGGACUACUUCAUCCUUGAGACGUUUUAAAUACACAUUGUUGAAAUGAAGAUUGACGUGGAAUAACAGAUGUUACAGGGUGUUGUUUUUUUGGAAAACACAGACAAUGAAAAGGCAAACCUCAACCAAAAUCAGCAGCAACCAAACCCCAGCAGAAAGAUUUUGCGUACCCAUACAUUGACCUUGUAGUUUUUAUGUCACUUAUUAGCUUGUUAACUUCCUGUUCUGCAUUGUUCUCCUCUUUCUUGCCUCUCAUACUGGUUUUCUUUAACAAUUUGGACCUUUUCCUAGACAAUGUAAAGAAAAGCAUGUCUGGUUUAUGUGCUAUAUAUAUUGCCUUAUCUACCGUAAUUCCAUCCUGGUAGUAGUGCUUACAGACGGACACUAAAAUGCAUGUUUGCAUUUGUACAGUGGGUCUGAUAAAAGCUGCAGUAUCACUCAGGGAAGCCCAAAAAAGGGUGCAGCAGAUGUUUGCAGUUUUAGUCAGAGGCAGUUUUUAUCUGACUUUCAACAAUGACAUAGCAGCGUUGGCAUCCGUGUCAACGCAGGUUUUCAAUUUGCAUUGCUUUGGGAUUUGUAAGCACACAAAAAUACCACUAUCUCUAUCAUGUCGGAACACCAGGAGGCAGAUGUAAAUGUUUCCUCUCAGUAGGGAGCCAGUAUUUAUGGUAAAUCUGACACAACAUAAAUGUGACACAUGACGUACAUCAUAAGCGGUGAGUGAGGGAAACUUGGGGUUUAUAUUCCUCCAGUCUUGAUGACUGGUUUUUGAUUUGUUCCAUUUAAGUCACCAGGAUCUUCACAUGUCACACUUGGAUGUCUUCAACACUUAGGGGGAGGGACUAUUCUAGCCUGUGCCACUUGGUAAAAAAAAACAGAUUAAUCAUUACUUCUGACAUUUUGUUUUAACAUGUGAUAUCAGUGACAAAAGCGUCAUGAUGCUUUUAGCAUUUAUGAUGAAUGAAGGACCAUGUCUGGGAUGUCAACAGAAGUGUGUACAAACAUUAGUCACAUUGAAGGCUGUUACCAAGACAAGUCAAACCACUGUUUGUGCAUUUAUGACAAGCUUUUAGACUGUGAUGUGUGUGCUGAUUUCUACUAUGACUUAUCAGUUUGAAGACCCAUGAUAACCGAAUCAUUAAUAGAUCACAAUUUAAUCUUAUAAUCACAAACUUUAAAUGAAUCAAUUACAGCAUACCACAGCUCCACUUUAACUCUGUGGGUGUGCUGUAGAAAAUGUAACUGAUUCAUAAAAACUGUUUACUUGUUUUAGAUUUGUUGGGACAGGGACAUCAAGAUGUUGAAAAGUUGUGUAAUGUUAAAAAUACACUUGCAGGAACAAGUACCAACUACUUGGGUUAAUUUGCAGCAGGUUUGUAUCAUGACUGGGUGUUUAAAAAAAGGCUGUGCAGAGAUAGUCUCUCAGAAGUAGAGAAGAGGUUUGCUACUCUGUGAGAGACUGUGAGCAAAUAGUUCAACAGUUUCAGAAAAAUAUUUCUCAGUAAAGAACUUAUGGCUGUGAUCUUCAGGCCCUCAGUUACUGCACUGAAAAACAGAUAAUACUCUGCAAUGGAAAUCAUUGUAUGGGCUCCAAAUUACUUCCAAAUAGUUUUGUCUGUAAAUAAAGUUUGAUUAAAACUGGACUAUGCAGUAGAGGAAGAUAUAAACAUGAAUACUGGUGACUUCUCUGGUCCUGAGCUUGUUUGAGAUGCACUCUGUUGACGUGCAGAACUGCCCUGUGGUCUAAAAAAGAAAAGAAAAAUGACAUUGAUUUUGGAAAUCAUGGACGUUGCCUCUGCUUUAAACAGAGGAAGGACCGCUCAGCUUGCCGUCAGCACACAGUUCAAAGGCCAGUAUCUCUGGCAUGGGCAAACACAAGGGGCAAUGGUGUAGGAAGUUCACACAACUCAGAAGGCACCAGAGAUGCUGAACAAUAUAUUCAGGUUUUUUAGAUACAGUUUGCUGCUGCCCAGACAAAGUUUUUCUUCAAGGAAGAGCUUGGUCAUUUCAGCAAGACAAACCACACACUGCAUGUACUGUAUUUCAACAGCAUGGCUCUGUAGUAGAGGAGUCUGGGUGCUAAUCCAGCCUACCUGCUGUCCUGCCUCAGAUGGUGACCGUGCCCUGUUGGACAGCUCUGUUCUUUAUCAGGCAAGAAUAAGAAAACACUUUCAAAACUUUAGGAAAUGCUCUCCGGGGUUACCAGACAGGAACAGAGUGUUGUUGAAAAAAGGAGUGAUGCAACACAGCGGUAAACCUGUCGCAGCACCCCCUUCUUUGAAGGUUUUGCUAGCAUCAAAUUUGAAAUUUGUGUUUUUCUCAUUGUAAAAUUGUAUCAUUUUUUCACUUUCACUUUGAGAUGUUGUCUGUGCAAGUUUUUAAUGAAAUCAUUCAAAUUAUUUAUAAACCAUCAAAUUCAGUUUUUAUAACAAUUUACAGAGUCCCAAAGUUCGCCACGGGGCUGUGCCAUCACUUCUUAUGUCCUUUUUCACUUCAGCUCAUCACUUUCACAGACCUUUCUCUAUCCUCUAUCCAUGUUGUCCUGCCCUCUUCCCUCCAUUUUUAGCUUUGGACGUUUUUAUGGCUGUUCCCUUGUUUGUUGUAUUGUCCAUUUCUCUGUUAUUCAUCAUUCACCCAAUUCAAAAAGAUUUUGGAUUUAGCCUUAUGUGAGUCAUGUGAAACCUGUCUCUAUGGUCAAGUCAGCUGAGGGAAGUAGAGUUUCAAAAUGAAAGCAGUAGUUUCACAGCAAAUUCAUGUUAUGAUGUUCUCUUACUUGUGAGCUAAACAUACAAAAUAUAUGAUGACAAAAUUUGGGGCUGGUUUAGUGAGUGGAGUGGACAUCUGGUUGAGUUGUUGCUUAAAGCUCAUGUAAAGAGCUUUUAACUUGCUGUGGUAGCAAGCUGUUUGAUAAGGAAGAAGAUUGGGGCCACUGGAAAAAAAAAAAAAGGUACCAGAUAACUUUUUUUAAUUAUUCUGACUUUAAACUCAGAAUUGUGACUUUUUUCUCCCAAGACCAAAACAGUGGACAUAAGCAUGAUUCUCUUAGGCCAUUCGCCGCAUCCACAAUAGAGAGUCCAUGUCCUAGCUGUUUCACAACACAGGAGUUGACGACUGUCUAGUAUUUUAUAUUUAAAAGGAAGGACUUGUGUAACAUUUGUAGUUGAAUAUUCACCCUUUAUGUGUCUGACAUUUUGAUUUGAAAAGGCAAAUGUCACGUGAGAUUGGUGUUGUGUUCCAGUUUAGCUAGUUUGUCAGUCGUUCACUUGCAAAACACGUAGGAAAUGGACUCUAUUGUAGAUGCAGCAGAUGGCUUCAGAGAGAAUCAUGCUUAUGUCCAAAGUAAGAUAAAAUCUGAGUUUAAAGUCAGAAUUUAUCUUACUUUUCUAACUAUUGAUUCUUUUAAAAUGACUCUUAAACAAACAAACAAAAAAAAGUUACUUUCUGCAAAGCCAAUUUUCUGCCUGAAACCAGAGGUGUUUGUAAACUGCUGUUACAGCAUUAUUUCACAUGUGCUAAGAUUCUCAAGUGACACAUUUGACUGUCAAAGAGAGCUUCAAGAUACACUUUUGCGAACUCAGCAAAGACAGCUUUUUCUACAGGGGGCGCCAAAAUUGUAAGGACGUCACGGGGAGCUUUAAAACGAUCGGGUAUUACCCUGCAAUCAGGCUUAAUUUCUGACAGUUUUACUGUGAUAAUACCUGGUUUAACAAAGAAAUGCCAGCUCUUUCCUGACUUUCUGACCCCGACAGGCCACAUGCAGCACAACAAGGCCUACAAUUCUGUUGCACAUAUAGAAAAGGUUGCCUGUGUUGAACAGAUUUUUGUCCUGGUUCAUUGUAGUUCUGUCUGUCAGACUCUCUGUACUCCUUUCUCUUUCUUUUCCCUUUUCUCCCUCUCUCCCCCUCUCUUUCCUUCUCCCUGGUUCUCUCCUUCCACAGUACUGGGUUUUAAUCACUGCUGUAAUUGGCAACUCCCCGCUGUGAAGGCACACACACUCGCACUCAGCCUAGCUGCUGCAAAUCCCUCUGGCAAUGUAUAUGUGAGUGUGUGUGUGUGAGAGAGAGAGAGAGAGAGAGAGAGUGAGCUGUGGGGGCAGGAGAGAGAGAUACGGAGAGAUAAGGAUAAUGAAAGAAGGAGAGUUUCAGAACUGCAGGCCAACUCACCAACUCACCAAUCUGUCUGCUGUGAAGCGCAGUGAGGAAGAGGAGCUGUGCAGCCAAAUUGUAAUUAUCUGUGAGAAAAAAGACAUGGCUCAAGAUUUAUUAGAGAACACAACAUUGUGUUGGAGUUAUUGGAGAACCUGAUGCUGCCUCAACUUAGUCAAAUUAAUAAUUGGCCACAUGCUGUGUAUAGGAGCUGAUACUUCCAUUAGCGAAUCACUAUAAGGACGUUUUUUCUUGGAGUUUGUCAGCACAAAGUGAAGUGUUUGAAGCACCCAUAAAUUAUUUUCAUGGCACAGAAUGCAUGGGAAUGAAGUCUUGCUCAUCUAAGCUUAAAAAAACUCAUAAGCACAAGCUGUUAAAACAAAACAGACCAGGCCUGAGUUUAAGAAAAAGGCUAAUCUCUUUACACACAAAUAAAGAUGCUGGUAUUGCUCGUGGUUAUGAGCAGAUAUGGAGGUAUCAUCUUGUUUGAGAAAAAUUAGUGUAAUAGAAGUGAUAUUUGUAGCACUGAAACUGUUCAGUAAAAACCAAUAGAAUUUAUCUUUCAAUCCGUUCAUAUACAUUUGAUUCACUACAGAAGUUAUCUCAGGACACAUAAAUGUAGGGCAGGUCUACCAUUUUUCUUUGAAAUAGUAUUUACAAAGACACAUCUAAAUCGAUCCCAAGCCAGCACCUGGCAACAGCAGCAAGGAAACCUCCCUUUUAAGUCCAUCUUUUGUGGUUUUUGGCAUUAUAUCUGACUAAGUAUACGCCGUCAGAGAACUCCCAAUUUGGAUCUGUCUGGACUUACAGUAUUUAUUGUAUUUUUUUUCCACAUGUGAUGAUAUACAUUUUGAUGUCAUGAUGAGACAGGUUUUAUUUUAUUUUUUGCGUUGCUUUAGUGGGAGACCACUGGGAUGUACAAUGGCUAAACUGUAGCUUUUAACAUUAAGUUAAAUUGUGACAUGUCUCUUGAAAGUAAGCUGAAAUAUUAUGUUAGUAAUGCAACACAGAAGAAAAUACACAUCUGAUAUCUGCUUGUCAGACAGUGAGAGAAGUAGAUCAAAAGGAAAGUUGAAAGACUAUAAGGCAGUUGUAUAGUUUAUUCAUAAUGUACUGGACAUAGAUGAACUAGUGUUAUCAAAAACAGCUUGACUAUCAGAUGGUGAGCAAAAGGACAUUUCUGAGAAGAUUUCUGAAUAAUGAAACAAAUGAAACUUUGUUCAUUAUUCAGUUAUGUCCUCCUAUGCAAUGCAGUAUCUCUUCCUAUACAUUUGAUGAGCUCACUGCUGUUUGGACCAUAUCAGAGAUGUUUUCAUUUAUUCAGUUUAGUUUGUCACGGUACUCUAACUCUACUGCUACCUGAAGUGGUGAGGAAGCCCAGUGUGUGUAGUUACUAUCUGAAUUUAGUGUCUUUAUACAUUCCAGUUGUACUUGGAAGACGGGAUUUCCGAGCUCUGAGUCGGAGAUUCAUCUGGAACGCCCCCCUGAAGUCGGAUCUCUGACUGGGAAAGUUGGGUGAUCCUCACCAGCCCUGCCUUGACGACAACGUCAUAAUCCAAGACGGCAGCGCAGUACAUCAACAGUAAAGAGUAACAGCGAAAGCUCUCGUAAUGUAUUAUUUAUUAGCACUUCUGUUUUGUUUUUGUGAAAUUAAGUGUUAUAUGUUGUACUGCCCAAUGUCUAACUGUGAGCAUGGUGCUACGGUAUUUGUAGGAGUAAAAUACAGUGUUAUGCGUUGUUUACAACUUGUAUAGCUAACAACAACUAACAACAGCCAACAGCCGCUCACAACCGCUAACGAAAGCUAACAAUUGUUAACAACGGCUAGGCGUCCAUCUUGGUUUUCAGACUUGUUAACUAGAAUGCUGUCAGCUUGGGUGUAAGGUCAUUCCCAGUUUAGACAUCCGACUUCUGAGGUAACUGGAACACAGCAUAAGUACACCAGCAGGAAUUUUAAAGGGCUCAUUACUUCUUACUUUACACCAAAUAGCAAGCAAUUGGGGAUUAAUCAUCUGUCUUGUAGAGAUGUUACAGGCACACACUCAAUGACUGAUGAUCUUUCAGGUAUAAACUUUCUGCCUUGUAAACACCUGCAUUGUCAUCCCCUCCUUGAAAAACGCGCAGUGGUGAGUUAUUGUCUCUGUGCUGGAAGAAAAACUUUGUCCACCAUCAAAACUGGUAACUCUAAUCUCAUGGAGCAUGUAACUAAACAACAUGCUUCUUCCCAGCUAGUUGUCAGACAGGCUAUAAACAUCCAACCCAGGUGCCGCUUGUGUUAGCUAAACAGACCAAGGAGGAGCCACCGCAUCAAAACAACUAAAGCAGGAUUUAAACCUUCGCCAUCUCCGACAAUCUGUAAGACUGAACAGAAUGACUGUUUGGUUUGUUGGUAGCUGGUACUUGUGACUAGUUUCUAAUCCUCAGAAAGUUGCCAAACACUAACAACAUACAGCCCAGCAAGCAUUGUUCCUCCUUAUUCAGUCUCAAACCAGCCAAAUCUGACAGACUCCAGAAUCUUUCCAUUUAUAGCAAAAGCAUAUGCAGCGAGUGCAGAUGGCAACACAGACUAAAACGUACAGCAGGACUCAUACAGAGUGGAAUCUUUUCACACCAAAAAAUGUAAGCAGAAAGAAUGUGUUGCGUUGAUAAAAAGAGUUUGUCGUAAUUGUACAGAAUAUAUUGAGGUUUAUUGGAGCAGCAGUUCCUGACCAAAUCCUGCUCUGUGAGAACCCUGUGACAAUAGCCAUGCAAAAGCCGAUGCUAAAGAAUUCCUGCUUUAUGGUUAUCAUGGCACAUUGGCCGCAAAAAGGAAACUUUCAUGGUUUUGUGUGUGUGUGUGUCCGUGUGUGUGUGUGUCUUUUAUGUGGGUCACCCCACCAUGUCUAAUGGCCCCUUGCUGCGUGCAGCGUCCUGCGCUGAGCUGCUCCCUGCUGUCACACUCUCACACACAAACAAACGCAUACACACAGCGGGGGAGAUUUUGGGGUGUCCCUCACCCUAAUACCCUCGACAAUACACCACCAGUGCAUCUGUUGCUCCUGUUCUCAAAGUUGAAAGUUGAUCAGUGAAGUGCUAGCAUAUCUCUCCUCUCUCUAGAUAGAUUUUCUUCUCUUUCCUCAUUAUCUUCUCUCCUCGUCUACUCUGUAUUACUUUCCUAUUUCAUCCCAAACCAAAUGGGUGUUUUUUUCUUCUUCUUUACCUCCUUAUCUAGGUUCAUUUUCCACCCUUUAUUGAUUUGGAUUUUAAGAGUUAGCUGAUGGCUUCUCCUCUGUGUUUUGCUUUCGUAAAUAGAGGUAAAGGCUUAGCCCUUUGCAGGCCUCUUUCACAAAGACACCUGCAAGCAACGGCCUGAAACAGGUGAGCAUCUGCACCACACAUUUACAACACCUCUGCAUCUAGUGAUAUGUACACUUACUAAAGAUUUAGGUUUUACUGUUUUAAUGAUGUAUAACAAUCAUAUUAAUAUUAUUUGUGUAGUUGUGAGUGAGUUAUUACUGCUAGGGGAGCAUUUAUCAGUUUUAGUUCUGGCUACUUUAUCUUGAAACAGCUCAUUAGCAAUGUUAGCCAUCAGGAAAGGCUAACACCAGGUUAAUCAAUGAAUUAGCUGAACAUAAUACCCAUAUACCUUGUAGUGUAAAGGAUUUAUGCGUUGUAUUUAUGAGGUUGUAACUUAUAAUAGGUUAUUUGGGGGGUUAUUUUCAUGUCUGAAUGUAUUCUGUUUGAAUGUGUUAUUUCCCUACAAAGCUCAAGUGUUUUCAGUUUUCUUCUGUGCGUCUGUCGAGGCAGUAACAAGACAGUAGGGAAGAAAAGACCAUCAUUAAAAUUCUAGCACUGCAAUUUUAUUUACACCCAGUAUUGUGGAAUAGUCUGAGGAGAGGAGAGGAUGGGAGGGGAGGGGACAAGAGAAGUAGAGGAGAGGUAGAGAGUGAGAGGGGGGAGGAAAGACAAGCGAAUGCUGAAAUGUCGAGAAUUCAGAUUGAUAUAGCUAGAACAUGGCCAUCCUCACUCUAAACUCUUAGACUCACACAAGAGCAUACUAGACAUUACCAACACUAUAUAUGAAGAAUGCAGAUGUGUUGACUACAAGCAUACCAACAUUAAUCGUCACAAACUUGCUUUGUACAAACAGACAAAUGACACAAACCAUCACAACACGCAGACAGACAUAACAAAACAUAGUAUGCAUAUUAUUUCAGUCAUGAAGCAUUAAAACACACUCAUACGCACACACUCAUACACACACACACACACGCAGACUGAAUCUGAGCCACAGAGAAGCCAGCUACGUCAGUAUAUUUUCACACUGCAGUAGUGUCUCUUUGUCUGCCUGUCGACCAGCCAGCUGUAAGAUGGAGGGCGAGAAAUAUGCUUUUAGCGGACGGCUUCGUGAGACAGAAGACACGGCUUUGUCAUUUCUGCUUCUAUUCGCCAUCGUUGUAAUAUUGAUUUCUGUCACGCCAUUCUUUUUACUUGGCGUUUUGGGUUAUGUUGGGUGUUUUUCGUCUUUGUGCGAAUGUCUGAUUAUUUGUACAGGGCGUAGGCAUAUAUGUGUGUCGAGUUGAACAAUGCAAUCAUCACAGUUACUACUUCCGCACUUUGCAGCCAUGUAUGUCUGCGAUGAGAUUUGUGUUAGCGUGCAACUGCAUGUCCGUAAGAGGCUAAACAAGGAUGCUAACAAAUACCAGGUGUGUUAAAAUGUUUCUGCGCGCGAGAGGGGGGGAGGGCGACCUUCUGUCCACCUGUCCACAGCAUCAGCUGUCGAUUGUGUGGCCUCAAAUGCACACACACACACACACACACAUACACACUCAUAGAGCAAGGGUAGUUUGUUCCAGCAGUCAGAGGUUUCCGUAAAAGCAGAAUGGCUUUUAAUGUCUUUACACACAUGUAUCUAAGGUAGAGGCAGGUGAUUACUCUGAAGUGCAUUCUGAUACCACAGUCCUGCAGAAACAUGUAUGAACCACAUUUUUUUAAGCUUUAUUUUCUCUCUCAGCCAUUUUUUUCUUUCCAUUUGCAUCAGUGAGCUGAUAAAAUAGCCACAAGCAGUUUCAGCUCACUGUUAUUUUCAUUGGAAAGAAAGCCUCAUCUACUUGCCACACCUUAAAUAGACAUACAGCAAUGUCACAACAGACACACAUACAAAUAUUAUACUUUUCCCUGUAACCCUGCUUUAUAGCCAGCACAGCACUUUAAUGCAUGCUUUCUACUCAGCACAAGCCCAACAGUCUUUUUUUUUUUUUUUGCUGUUGACAGUGAUGCAGCGCCUAAAAAGACAGCCAUUUCAAGGAGAAAGCAUCGAUAUGUAACACACACGGGCACGAAAUAAAACCCUAGAAAUGCAUGGCGAGGCAGAGAAAGGCGCAGAGCCGUAGAGAAUGAUUCAGAUGUAUAGAAGGCCUCCGUGAGAGAAGGUUUGCCAUUGUGUGAUAAACACAAACACAGAUGCAUUUAGGCUUUGAUUCCUGGUUGCUUUUCUCUGCUCGCAGUGGGAGCUGUCCUAAAGAAACAACCCCUCACACACUCACACACACACACACACACAUAAACACACCAUGGACCGGACUGAUAGGAUUAGAGACUGGUGCUAUAGUCACUCUCUCUCUCCCUCUUUCUCUUCCUCUCUCACCCCCUCUCCCUCUCGAGCCUGCCAAGCCUUGAUUAUUCACAAGGUUAGUUCCUGAUUGCCUAUAGCAGGAGCAGACUCAGGUUCAUUAUCUCUCCACCUCUUUUCCUCUCCCUCUCACUCUGUCCCUCUUGCAGUAUUUUUAAUGCACGCUGGUUGAGUGAAAAGGCUUGACUCACAUAAGAAAAACAAAAUGCACCUGUUCACAGUAGACCCAGUAAAUUGCAGCAUGGCUGAAAUGUUGUCAAAUUAUCUUUGUAUUUUAUUUUUAGCGGUGCAAAUGGAAAAACAGUUCAAGCAAAAGUAAUGUCCCCCUCCCUGUACAAUUUUUAAUCAUCCUAAUCAGUGCACAGUCUUUCUACUUCUUUAGGCUUCCUUAUAUUUUCUAUUCAAACACAGAAUCACACCUUUGAUGUGAUAAUUAGAAAAUUAGGCUGAGGAUGAUUAGAAUGAAUUUAUUGUUGGAAUAAUUAAAACACUUAUUCUUACAUGUUCGAAGAAUGUGUAGCUAACUCUGUGUACCCAGCCUAUCUAUCCAUCGCAUAAGGCACACGUGUUUCUAUUUUCCUCCACCGACGAUCGUCUGCAUUAGCACCAUAUACAAAGAAUUUCAUUGACGUAUUUGAAGGCAAUGUCAGCUGUCAAUUAUAUGAAUAAAAAAUGCAGCAGCACUGGAGACAAGCUGGUUUCAGAGAGCAUCGAUGACACUGAAUGUGUAUGUGUGGUGGAGGAUAUCAGUGCUGCUGCAGCAGGCUUCAAAAGGUAGCCGUCGGCCAGCCAACCACAAUGCUGCCACGGUGAAGCCGUUACAGUAAAACCAGCACAGCUCAGAUUGAAAACACAGAAUAGGAGGAAUGUUAUUGGUGAGAAAUACCCAAAAUGAAAUUCAAGUUAAGAUAUGUGUAGACCAAAGACAGAUUCUCUUGUGUGAGUAAUUGUUUGGACGUUUCGUUGCAGACGAUUUUGACAAUGAGUGAGGCUUUAUUUUUUUUGGUCCUUGUUUGUUGUCAGGAUAUCGAAAGAGUGUUGGUUUUUCCCUCUGUCUGCUGGACAAUGUCUCCUUUCUGAGCCGAGUGUGAGUGUAGUGUUGACACAUGUUAGUGCUGGCUGAUUAGUCCACACAUAAAGGAACACGCAGCUCCUCCAUCACUAUUCAGCCAUUUUGUAUCCCUGUCUGUCAAACUGGUGGAGUGGAUGUGUGUGUGUGAGGCUUUUGUUAAGGUAAUAGGAAGGAGAGAGAGAGCAGCGAGGGAGACGACACCGUGAAAAAUUACACCGGCUUCGGCUAAGUCCCGAUGACCCACAGAUGCGAUCAUUUUUUUAACGUAGAAGCAUCAGAACUGCACAGUUUCACUCCUUUUAACCUUUAAAGUCAUAGUUUUAUGACAACAAGAAAACACACAAAAUACAAUGUUUAAAAUAAAAAAUGGUAAGGAACGUGUUGCGUAGGUCUGUUGUCUAUUGUGUCUUAAGUGGAUUAACAGCGCGGUCACUGAGACACACAGCCAAAGUGGCAACCAUAACCGUUGUUUACAAGCUUGUGUCGCCUCUGUCGCCUCGAGUUUUCAGACGAUACUGGUUUGUUGUCUCACACUUUUUCCCACAAUGGUGGGGUGGAGUUUGUGCAAAAUCGUUGUGUAAUCUUUUUGAAAAAAGCAUGGAAGUUGGCACUCUCACAUCUCACAAAUUUACAGUCAUUGUAUUCAUUUACAGCUUCCUGAGAACUGCUGGGCGUGGUUAGAUAAAAGUAUAUGGAUUUCUAUAUUUUCCACAAUUAUUCUGAGAUAGUCUUAAAAAAAUAUAGACCCAAAAUCACAACUAUGUGUUCUUGUUUCUGGUUCCAGGCCUUAACUACUAGGCAGAAUGCUGUAAUAUAAUUGCAACACCUUAUAUGUUUGAAAGAUGUUAUUGAAAAAUCAUGAAAGAUUUAUAGUGAAUUCUUGUUUUGUGAACAAAAUAAAAAAACAUUUACCAUGUUUUUAAAACCAUUUAUAAAUAUACUCAAGGUUCCUAAUCUCUUUGAAAUAAACCAUGAAAAAAAAAUCCACAUUUCUAUUUGUGUAUAUUAUUGCUUGAUUUGCCAUUUUGGCAUUUUGAUUUAGAAUAUGAUUGAAUGCGACACAGUGGCUUAGAAAUAUAAGUCAUCUUAAUGCAGUGUCAUUACAUGGCUCCAUCACAACCCACUCCACUUACUAUAACAAUGUAUCUAAGAUGUUCCUUUUAAUUUGGAAUUAAUUAUAAUCCACCAAAUGUCAUAAAAACAGCGAUUUUUCACAUAACAAAUACAUGAUCUUUUUUUCUGAAUGAAAUUAUUUUAAUACCAUUCUUAAAACAGCAGAUCAUGUGAUUUAAACAGGUAUUUUGUUGGCAACUGUCAUAAAUGAGCUGUUGAAAAGCAUAGGGUUGAGAAUCCAUGUUUUAAUUAGUCUUAUUGUUGUCUACUUAAAUAAAAAAUCACCAGAAAAUUUAGCAUGAAUUUUUACCUCAGAGAUGGGAAAUGAAUGAUUGCUCGAGAGUUUUGGAUAUGCAUACAUAUAUCAAGAUCUGCCAAAUAAAGACAUAUUUAAGCUGGAAAUAAUAUUAUUAUUUAAUCUUGUUAUCAUAUUAUUGGGUUUUUUUUUACUUUAAUUGUACAGGUAUCAUGUGAGUGCCUGGAUGACUCAUUAAUUAUUCUUAAAAUAAAACAAAUAGCUUGUAAUAAAUGAUAAAAAUGAAGAUUAUUUGUUUGGACAGCAUAGCGCCCCCUCUGGAUCUGCGGUGGUUUAACACCUGCACCUUGUUUCUUUGAUCCAUGUAUGGACAGAGUCAAGCAAAUGUUGUCUUAGGUGAUCUUGGUUUAUUUUUAAAGACAUAACCAUAUAGCUUAGCAUUACAUUAAAACAAAGUGUUCAUUGAUGAGUUAUUUGUUACCAGUUCUCGCACUUACCGUCUUGUUUUUACUCCUUUCUUUUGUCAGUUUUGACCUCGUUUGCAUUAUAAAACAAAUGUUGUAUUAAUCAAGCACAGAGUUAUCACCUCAAACAUAACCUGAUCAUUUCCUCUCAUACUACUUUUUUCUUCUUGAAUUCUUAGACAAAUUUGUUUAAAAAAAAAAAAAAAAAAACAUAUAUAUUUUCCGUACAUUCAUUAACUGAAAAAAUCAGGUCUGAAAUAUUUUAUUUUGUGAAAUAACUUUAAAAGUUUGUUUUUCUUUUUCUGCUCUUCUGGUUAAAGGCUCUACUCUAGAUCAAUUAACAACCAGAACACAAUUUAUUGAUAAGUGUUUUGAUGAAAAAACAUACAAUCUUCCUCAUUUGAUCAGACUGUUCACAGAGAUGAAUACUGAAACUAUUUUAAGUCAAGCUUCUUUUCAUAUUGAUCAUCGCGCUGCAUAUUUCUUAUCUCCACAGAUAACAAAUGCUAACAUCUUUAAGAUUUAAAGUACACACUGUGCGUCUUAUCUCUACAGGUGAUAUAUACACCUCCAUACGUUCACACUUAACCUUGCCUACGAUAGAACAGAUAAGAUUUCUUGACGUAGUGAAGUACUGUGAAUUAAAAGACAGUGUUUUACUUUCAUGGCCUAGAGUCAAACAGCAUGAUUUGUUAUUCUUAUUCUUCUCUGUUUUUCCUUUUGAAAAUUAUUUCAAUAGCAAGCUGCUAAAAGCUGAAUGAUGGCAUAAUCUGUAGUUAAUCUUUGUGAUAUGCUGUUUUAAUAUAUUUGUGUACUUCAAGUUAGUGUUUAGGUUUUAUCUCAACCUUGUGAUGUAUUUUCAUGCUUUAAAAAAUUUUAAAUUCACCAUUUCAUCAUUAUUUUUGUGUACAUCAAAUCAGAAAUAAUCUUGAAGUCACUUUCAUGAUAGAGAAUUAAAGGAGAGAUUUCAUUGCUCUUUCUUGUCAUUUUUAUUAUGGCCUUACUUGUAUUUUUGUUUCAAGGAUUACCAGAUGAAUUUUGAUCAUUUUAAAGAGUGAAACAAAAGAUAAUUGAUAUAAUCCUUCCCUUACUCUGUUUACUCUGCCUUUCUACUCUGGUGUCAUCAACAGGAAUAUGAACAACACACGCCUCUGUUUGUCUUGCAAUGGCAGUGAAUGAGUUGUAGAUUAAGAGCUUAGCGUGAAGGUGCACCGAGUCUAUGAUAGCAUUCAGACGUCUGUGUGUUAAGCCAAAUUAUCUCGUAACGUGUAAAAGAAGAGAGUCUUCUCCUCACCAUUGAAUCUAUCAGCUCCAUUCAGUCCUGUUAGCUUUGAUUGAGGCCUGUGCUACGGGCUGCUAUUCAUGUCUAACCGUCUAUGUAAACAGAAAAGAGUUGCCAUGAUGAUGGUGUGUGUGUGUGUGUGUGUGGAUGUGUGUGCUGCAGCUUUUUAGACAGAGGUUUAGCAUCCUCAAUUCUCAAAUUUUUUUUUUACCCUCUCUUUUCUGUCCAUGUCACGCUUUCUCAGCAUUACGAACACACACUCUCUCUCUCUCACACACACACAGAAUCAGGGAGACCUACGGAGGAUCAGUCAUGCUAGAGGUCGUCUAUGGGCCAACCUGACAUUGUUGUCCAUAAGCUGCUUUGAGGCAAGAAGAGAAGUUUAAAGGACAAUUCCGAAUAGUUUGUACAAGAAAGGGCGUUUUCACUAUUCUUUAAGGCCAGUGUCGGUGCCGGUGAACCAAGCUUUCUACAGAAGGGGGGAGGGCGUCAGUACACCGUGAAUAGAAACGACAAUUGAUUUGCUAAUGAUAGCGUAUUCAGUCUUAAUACGAAGGAUAUAACAACCUUAUCCUUCUCUGUGUUUGGAGGAAAACUAGCUUUCUAAAUUGAUUAAACUGAAGGUGAACAGGAGCCAGCCAUGCAGGAUGUUGUCUCACACUGCAGAGAGAUGAUUGAGAUAAGCGUAAUACAGCUGUUUAUUUCUGUUUUGGUGCAUGGCAUUGUUGAGGCUAACUCAAAUACAAUAAUUCAUAAACUGGAGAUGCAUGCACAGUCUUUUUUUUUUUUUUUUUUUUUUUAAACAAUCAGUGUUCUCCCCUUGUCUCUGGAGAGCCUGAAGACCCUGACCCAGGACACCAGUUUUCAUUGUUAAAGGUUAGAUUUUUCCCUGCAGGCAGACUUUUAGGUGGUUCAGUUUGACAGUUGUAUCAGCUUAAAUAUGAUGGUGUUUAUUUAAAGUCUUUUUAUUUGGCUUUUAAAUAAUGAAAUUAUUCGUCUAAAGAACCGUGAUAUCACACUUUGUAGGGACGUCUUUAUUGUUCAGCUUAAACUCUUUUUCUGUUGCCAACAAUUAAUGAUAUAUAUUUUAUGUAUUUUGAUAUAUAACUAUGAAUAUGAGUUGCUGUUUUUGCACAGAGCAUUGAAAGACAAUAAUGCAGGGAGUUAUUUCCUUUAUUUUCAUUAAUUUUUUCCUCCUGUGUACACUUAAUAUCUAGCUACCUGAGCAAACAAGACAGGUUAGCAUUUUUUUGUGAUUUGAUUUUUAUGUUUGGCACUCCAUAGUGUGAGUUCCCAACAGUGGUUCAUAUCAGAAAUAACUUUAGAACAGUGUUUCAAUGAACACCUCCUCUGUUAUUUCCAAUCCAACUUGUCGACACACUCUGUAUUGGCUUGUUGUAAUUAUUUUAAAAUGUAUUAUGAUAUUAAAAUAAUAACUGCAGUCACAGGGAGAUGCUGUGUAUGUGACACAAAUGAUGCAUAAAUCCAGAUGUGACUGGCUCUAAUGAGCAUCUGUUGACGAUAAUCCAGCUGAUAAAUGACUUUUAGAGGCUUUAAACCCUUCAGCUCUGAUAUCUCUGCAUGUGGAGUUUAAUUUCAACGUGACAUCAUGAGACAUAAUGCAAAAUCAGGGAGCAGUGAGCUAGCUUAGUGCGCCAGCAUCACACUCACUGUGUUGUGUUGAUUGAAAUCCAGAGCACGCCCUCUCUCUCUCUUUCUAUCUCUCUCUCUCUCCCUGUCUGUCUUGUUUCUAAUAGAAACAUAGAAAUUAUCAUAAAAACAGACUAGUGCCACUUUGGUUUGGAGUGAUAAAGCUACAGAUAGCUGUGAACACAAACUGUGGCCUUCCUCAUCGGCUGCCUUGCUGUGCGAGUCGCCAUGUUGUUGCUUUGCAAUAACAGUGGGGAUCUCAGCAUGAAUUUACAGGUAGAUCUUAGUGAUAGCACAUCUCACAGCUGCUCCCUGUUACUGUGAAUAGCUGUCAUUGGGUUUCAGCUGUUUCUGACUCUCAGACCCUCUAUUUCCUCAAGCAGAAAUCGGUUGUCUGCCUGCGCAGGAUAGAUGCGGGAUGGAAGACUUUUACCAUGGCAACCACUAAUGCAGUAAGGAUGCAGGGACUGAGCCCAGCCUGUCGUUGUAAUAAUACCGGAUUCAUGGAGGGCAGGUGAAAUGUCAUGCAGGUUUUUCUUUAAAAUGAGAAAGGAGUGCUUUUGAUGUGGAGUGCAGACAACAAAAAAAUCCCACUCAGCUCUGCGAUGAAAUGAGUUUCCCGUAUUAGUUCAGCACCACAGCAUCCUUUCUGCUCAGCUUCCUCUCAGUGACAAAAAACUGUCUCCUCCACAUGGCUUCCUAUAUAUUACGCUGUAGCCCCACUUCACUUCUCCUGCACAUUGUUUCCUAUAUCGGCUUAUACUGCCCAAUCCUCAUAAUCCCACUGUAGCCUGAGUCAAAUAUCUGGUCCCUGCAGUGUCCUCCACUCACCUUCUUCAAGGAUGGGAUUUCUGUUUCCUCCUCUUCACACGCUGGAUUACAACUAGGCAACUUUGAAAAGUGACACCUUACAGGUUAAUAUGGAGUUUUGAUUAAAGUCUCUCUCUGGUUUACUCUCUCUUUUGCUCAUGUUUUUGUUGAGAGUUUGAGUUACAUUUCACCACUGUGUAUUCUGUGGUGAUGCAAUGUUUGCAGGUCAUAUGUAAAGAAAUCAUAUUGCACUGGAAUGAGUAAUGUGGCAAACUAAAAUGAAACAGACAUGAGGAGUGGUCUUGGUAGCUUAUCACAGGUUAAUUUGUUCACUUACCCAGUAUCAUUGAGCUUACAAGUAGGGCAGUCACGAUUAUUACAAUAUUCACCAAUCACGAUUAUUUUACACAUUUGCGAUUAUUUUUUAUAUUCACAAUUAUUUUUCGUAUUUGUGAACAAUCACCGUCAAUUAUUUAUUUUAUCCACAAAGUUGCAUGAAAUAACCCUGAAUCUGAGUCUGACGUCACCGUGUUGCGCCAGCAGCCCCAGCACGCACCAUCGCCGUCGCAGCCACACGUUGUUUACCUCUCGUCUUGGUAGGAUGGGCAGUGACUCGAGGUUAGGAUGAAGGAUGGGGAGGUUCCGGUUCCAAAGCCACGUACCAUGGCGCCGCUGUCGGUUAAGCCGAACGAUAAAGGAGAACCUGGUAACAUGGAAGAAGAGAUAUGUAAACUUUGCCAUAAAAAAAGUGCCAGUAAAGAGUGCUAACACAACAAAUCUGAAACAACAUCUCCAGAUAAACUGCUCUUAUUUAUUAAGGUGUACAGUAUGGUAAUGUAUGGUACAGAAUGUGUAUCAUUAAAUUUCAUUAUACUAUGAUAGUACAAUAUAGAGAAGGGAAAAAAAUGAAUAUAUUUGUCAAUCGCAAUUAUUUGUCUGACAUAUAAUUGUCUCCAGAAAUUUCUAAUUGUGACAGCCUUACUUACAAGCUAUCAUACAUCAAAAAUAGGAAACACAGGCCAGAACAUUUUUCUGUUCUGAAAUCAGUGGAGUCUCAAACACACAACUGAUGGGGUUGUUUACAUGGGAAAAUAGAUACAGUAUCUGUGUUAACAGUGGUAGAACAUUGAGACAGCUACUGCUUUACAGUUCCCUGAAAUGAAAUUACAUGUUUGGUUUGCAUGACUGUGUGAAAGUCCAGCAGGCCAUAAGUCACAGCCCUUUUCAUGAGAGCAUUAGUCCCACACAGACAUUCCUACAAUGCAGCCCUGUCCUUUGUGCCUCUCUGACCUGCACUACUGUUGUGCAUGUGAGUGUGUGUGUGUCCCUGUGUAAGAGUGUUUGUUUUGUCUGCCCCUAUCUAUAGCUGUGUCCUGCCCCUUUCUUUCACUGUUUAAGAAAGGAGCCACACCCCUCAGGCCUUGGCCUACUGCACGUGUGUGUGUGUGUGUGUGUGUGUGUGUGUGUGUGUGUGUGUGUGUGUGUGUGUGUGUGUGUGUGUGUGUGUGUGUGUGUGUGUGUGUGUGUGUGUGUGUGUGUCGUUUUGCUCUCUUGGGAUUUGGGGGUCUGUACUGCAGUCUCUGCUUCUCAGCAAUAGCUGAUACAGUGCAAAUACAUGCUCCUCUUCAUUAACUAAACAGUGGAAGUGUUUCAAAAGCCGUACUUUGCAUUACAGAUACACAGGCGUACGUGGUGUAGGUAUGGCCUAUUCUAUGGUAAUACUUGAAGAAUACCCUCACAACUGUGUACCCAGGCUCGUUCACCCCUUAUCAAUGCAGCACAUGCACUCAUGUAAAUAGAAAAACUGAGUGCAGGUAUAGAGGGAGGCAUGUUAAUGUACACAUGUUGAGGACACAAAACAAGUUACAUGGCACAAACAUAUGUUCAUGCACACACACGUAAACAGACACACACACGUAAACAAAUUCAGUCUGAGUUUGCCUAUGACCUGCCCUUGCAAAUAUUAACCCCCAGGGGGACCAAAACCUCGGUUUUGAUGUGUUUCUGUAUUAUUUCUGCUUUCCUGGGCUUUGUGUUAUCAUGGGCUUGUGUGAACAGAGGGUACACACACACACACACACACACACACACAUUAUAGUGAGCUGGAAGAAAAUGAAAAGUCAGAAUAACUAUUGUUUUAGUCGACUUUUGUGCGUAUGUUGUGAGGUACGUGUGAGUCAUAGAGUCUGCAGACGCACUUGUUUAUUGUUUUGUUUGCAUGUCUGCAGCUAUAUUUUAUCUCCUGAAGCACAUUUAUGUUAAAGAACUGUAACGUACAGUUAGAAAAACACUGAGUGGGAUUAUUUACUCAGUCAAAGACUUGGGGAAAUUUAUCCCCCAUUAAAACCCUCACAGUUCUGUCAGGAGAACAUUUUCUGACCAGCAACAUUUUGAGAGAUGGUUUGAAUUUUACCCCAUGAACAGAUUUACACUAUUAGCUGAUUACUUUCAGUGAUGUGACCUUGGAUUGGCGCAGAGCCUAUGCUGGAAAGCAGCCAAAUAUAACUAACACAAACACACAAUAAUCAACAGAGUUUGUGAUGUGCUUGUAGAAAAUUUUCUUGCCGUGUAGAAAAGCUUUCUUCUUUUUAAUUCUUGUUCCUGUAAAUAGUUAUUAAUAGUAAUUGAAAUGUUAUUUCCUGGACCUUAAAUUAAACUACUUUGUAAUAAUCAUCACAUUCAUUUACCUACAAAUGAAUUUGUCACUGCUGCAGCAUUAUUCUUUAAAAUCACCUUGACUUGACAUUUACACCAAUCUGAAUUUAUCAAUAAAUUGCAGGACCAAAUUCUCUUCCAGUGAACUCCUUGCAUGCCUCCAUGGAGCGUGUGGCAGCUUUUCCAGCUGGAGGAACGAGAGCUGUGUGGGCUCCCUGAAGUGGUACAACGCCGGGUCAUUGGAGAGCCACUGCUUGUUUGGGAACAGAACAGUCUGUGGGUUUUUUUCCAGCACAGCCUGUGGGAUGAAGGGCCAUUUCACAGGCAUCGUGGAUUAAUCUUUGGUGGGAUUUCUCAGGGAUCAAACUAAAUUGGAUGUUUAACCUCACGUGUCCGAGAGCUGAGCGUUCUCUGCUGAUAAACCAGGAUAGAGGGGAUUGAAAGUGACCCACAUUGGGUUAAACAUUACGUACUUGCAGAUGUGCUUAAACUGACUCCUCCAUGACAAGCUAAAAAUAUAGUGAGUAUACACAUUUUUCCUGCAAAGUCUGAAAAUCAGUAAAAUCAUAACCUCACAUUCAAACUGUGUAUUUUUCAAGGCAGAAAUAUAACAUUUAGUGGCCUCUAUCUGUUUUUUCCUUGCAAACAACUUCAGUUUGUCAUUAGUACAAAAAAAAAAGAAAGGCUUAACACAACUUGUAGUUCCUGUGCUUGUCUCCUUAGAUUUGAUGUUUAACUCCUGAACAAACCUGAAUAAACUAAAGUCAUUUUGAAUAAUCCUUGUGGAAACUCUGUUCAGGAAAAAGAGGCUGACCUUUAAAUUGUACUGGUUUAUUUUUUAUCCACUGCAGAUGUACAAUUACACCACAUAGUAACAGAUUUAUCUUUGAUUCUUCGACUUAUUAUGAUCUUUCAUUUUUGGUUAUAUUGACCUGACUGUAAAAAUAUAACCCCCUACACUGAUUGACAGCUGUAGAUUUUAGCAGGAAUGACAGGAAUUUGGGCCUUUCACAUGCAGAGAUUUAUUCAUGUGUAUUGAAUGUAUCCUUGUAAACAACAUUAAAAUGCAUAGUUUUUAUAAAUGCAUGAAUGUGAUCUGUGUUUUUAUUCAACAAAAACAGAGUCUACUUACCAAUGAGAUCUUUGUCAGAAAGUCACUGGAUGCAUUGAGUGUUUCCUGUAUGCAGAAUAAUCUAUACAGACAUUAGACUUCAGAAAACAUUUGACACAUUGCAAAUCUGAUUUGAACUCUUUCCUCUUGAUCUUGAUCAUUUCGCCACCAAAGAAUAAAUGUUUGCCACCUGUCUCUGAUAAAUAAAACUUGACCAUAUCCUCUUGAAAAAGAGUCAGUCCCCUGCUGCCAUUAUGAAUGGAGGAUUUAUACAGUCUUACAGUAAGAUUAGGAGCAUUGUGUGACUAACACAACAGGUUCAUAUGAAUAAAAAAAUAAAAACUAAAGAUGUAAUGUCAUUGAACUUUCUAUAACCAGUGCAGAAGAAUACUUAAAACAUUAAAGUUCAUUUUGGGUUGGAUGUACACAGCUCCAGCUCAGAAAUGUCCUGAUGAGGGAAACCUACACAAUAUUUCACAAUUAUAAAUACUGGGUACUCUGGUUUGAAGAAAGUCACUGAUGCACCUUUUUAAUCAAUGUUAGUAAAGCAGGAUUCCAACAUUAAGGGGAUUUUCUUUUUCUUACAUUAGCGCCCAGAGCCAAAAACUGAAGUUUAUGUACAUACACUUCAAAUGUUGCUGCUAGUCUUCACUAAUUGAUAAUUAGUGUUUUUUGAUCAGAAAUAACAUAUCUAAUCCAACAAAGGUUUUCAAAAACAUGUUGCAGAGCAAACAUUAGGUCUGCAUGCGUGUUUUUUUAGCCACUGCCAACUUAUGCACAGAUAUGUUUUGUAUUAUGAUCACAAUAUUUGUAACCCUGGAUGCUCUCUGGAGUUACUCACUGUGCUGUGAUUUCAUACCUGCUUGGUUAUAUCAGCAUGCUCCUGUGAAAUCAUGUGACCACAUUUGCCACGUCAUUGACUUCACAAAUCAUAGCAGAAAUUAAUCAGACUGACAGCAGUGAUUCUCAUUGUGGUUUGAAAGGUAUUCAAAAAUAAAAAUCUUUCACUUUUAAUUACAGUAAUUUUGCAAUCUGAUGACACAGGGUGGACUUACUCUGGGUAAUGUGCUCACAUAUUGUGUUUACUCACUGUGUUGACAUAACUCAUCUAUAUCCCAUCCAGGGACUGCAGCACUGACUGUUUUGAAUUAGUUUGGCUUUCAGUCACCUCUUCCACCCACAUACUGUAAAUAGCUGUGAAUCAAACAGCCUGUAGGCAGAUGACAAGAGAGGAUUUUACCCUUCUUUGCACAGGACAAUGUUAACUGUGAAGGUACAGUGUGAGGGAAGCAUUUUACCUGCACUCCACCUUUUAUAACACUGAGAUUAAGGGACUAGACUACUAAAGACCUGUGGUGCAUGUAUGAAUCUCCCACAUACCCUGUCCUCUAUCUUAUUUAUUAUUGUGCCAUGUUGAGAGCCAUCAGAAAAUUAACACUCUAUGAUCUUCUGAUGAAGUAGAGAUCACUCUUUGCUGCCGGCGCAUCACUAAUAAAAUUAAUAACUAAAUCUCUCUCAUGGAGUCAAGAAACAUGAUCAAUCUAAUUCAGCCAUAACUCCGAGAAAUUAUCCCCUUUAAUGUGCUCAGUGUUUAAUCAACCCAGUCUGUUAGAUGUUUGCCUGAACUCAGAUAUUCUCUGAUCCAGCCAAUGAAAACAGAGGCAAUGAGGCGAAGACUGUAUUUUAGGGAAUUACCUUUUUGCAGGAGUCACUGGUAGUUACUUCACCUCAUUUUUUUCUCAAGUAUUUAAACCUAACAUGUGACUUUACUCAGGUGUUUGCUGGCCUGAUCAGUACACACAGCUUUGAUUGUAGCUCAAGGUAAACAAACUGCUCGUAGAUCAUACACUGCAGCAAUUUUAAUCACCUAUGGCAUGUCCAGUGAGUAAUGACAAACAACAAAUAUAUCGAACAAUCUCCUUGUUAAAUUUUCACGUUUGAAGUCUUUAUUGCUUUUUUAAAAACCCUGAUGAGCCUUCAUUCGCCAAGCUUUUUGAGCCUCAUAUAAUCAAAAUGGAUACAAUAAUACCCUAACUUUGAGUUUAGAAACUGUUUUCAUGUGUUAAUCAGAGUCAAAGUGGACAAUUUUGACCUGUACGGUUUCUGGUUUGUUCUUUUGGGAAAGGGAAUACUGAUAUUCAGUGUAUUUGCACUCAGACCAGCUCAGUCUGAAUGGAUAAAUAACAACCGUAUUCUCUCAUUUCAGUAGGUUUAAGUUGAGGAAAGGAAUCGGAUUUCCCUUUUCUAGUCCGCCGGAACUUCGUUCAAUUGUGUAUUCAUACUCACACUGCAGAUGUUGAUUUACAUAUGGUUUACGCGGGUUUAACAUCUGUAAAACACAAUACACGUGUCUUGUGCCAUGUUCGAUGUUUAAAAUGUGCGGAUAGCUUGAAAGUGACAAUGCUUAAACAUUAUUUAGAUUUUUGUUUCUAGUUUCUUCGAGCGGACGGCAGGAUAUGCGGCCGCUGGAGGUGUUCUCCGGUCUUUAUAAACGCGCCGCCAUCUUACAUUUUUCAGUCUCUGCUGUUCCGGCCAAGUCAUCAUCUACAGACUGCGGAGGGAGUGGACGAGGCUCCCGGCUGACGCUCGUCCCCACAUAUUCAUCGACUUUUUUUCCAUUUCGAAGUGGUUUUUACACACCAGGAACCAAGUGGACGGACUUUUUGUGCUGACAAGGGUAGGCUUCCACAUUGAAACUCUCUGCUCCACUCAGUUUGUCCCUCUUUACUUGCCGGGGUUUGCCUUAUCUCCAGCGGGAAUGGAGACGGCGUUAGCGUGCGGGCCGGCUGGGGAUGCUGCUGCCCCCGUUAGCGAACCAGCUGCUCUCACAGCAGAUAUUUGGGAUAAGCCAGCCACCAGCUAAUGGAAACCUACGUAUUUUAGGAAACUAUAUCCAAUAAAUAUAUCAAAGCGUGGAGUCCGUGUUGGAUUACAAAGGCAGUACUUACCAACAACGUUAGCGCACCGCGAGGGAUGGUUUGAAGUGCAUUUAUAUUAAGUGUGAAGCUUGACUCGUUUUCGGGUGUAGACACAGAUUUUGUGCCUCUCAUAUUUGAUUUGUUAACGUUAGCUAACGAUAACCUAGUUCCGAAAGGCUGGAUACUAUUAUCUCUGGUUAAAGUGCUGGCUACAUACCACUGGUCUGACUCAUUUUUUGCUCGGCUAGAGUUUCGUCUGUUUUGGCGAAACAGAUUCAGUAUUUGAGAGGAAUGUGUACGCUCGUUAUAUAGUGGGCCUUGCGUGUACUAAAGUAAGUGAGAAAGUGGUUUUCAAAGUGGGUCAAGACGACAAAACUAAAGGGUCGCGUUGACUCCAAACAAUCAGUCUGAAGUUGAGCCGAACUUCGUCAAACUGAAAACGGUUGAACUUCAACGGUUUUUGAGGGGACCUGUGAACACGACUCCUCAAGCCCCCUUCAUACUGUUGGUCUAUAUUUGGGUGUAUUUUGUUUUUUGUCUAAGUGCUCUUGAGAGUGUGUUUUCAAGCCGUCCAUUUAAACAAAGACCGACAAAUUCCUCCCAGCCCGUUGUGCUCUGGGAGGAAGACGAGGAGGAGCCACGGUGUGAAAUCUGAGUCAAGAAAGUCAGGGGCAGCCAGCAGCUGUGGGGGACAGGAGGGGGCAGCGCACUGUUAUCCGGAGAGUGUGGAGUGCGUGGGUCUCUGAGGCAUUUUAUCAAGUGCUGAAUUGUUUGUAUUUUCCACACAGUUAAUUUUGUAUGUAUUUUGGUGUGGCAAGCCCACGGAUGAGAAACUCAGGGAGUCGCGGUGGACAGAUUUCAGGAUAAAUUUUCUAGUUAUUUGAGUUAUAUUCUCGAUAUGAGACAGAGACGUACUGCUACGGCGGCUAUGUUGAUUUUAUACCACUCAACCCCACGAAUUAAAGCCCCAUGUGUUUUUUUUAAUGGUUAAUAUAAUCAGACACAGCAGGAUGAUGAGUUUAAUGUUAUCUAAGAGGUCACUGCACUGUCUCUGGAUCUUGAAGUUUCUAAAAUCCCCAUCAGAUUGCACAAUGGAAGAAAAUACUAACAAACCAUCGUCAGCAAGAUUUUCUUCAACCUCUGCAUGAAAAAUGUUUGAACGGAAGUGUGGUGGAGACUUGACUCGAACACCAGUCGUGGUUAGUUGUGAGGUAAUUUACCUGAAAGACUGUUCCCGAGAAGCUUUACUGUGGUAUAUACAUGUUGUACACACACAUACGGGACAAUUUACUGUAUAUUGUGAGUUAUUUUAAAUUUAACAUGAUAGUAAUAUUUAUUUUUUAUUUUCAGAAAACAUACUCUGUGUAGGAAAAUGUUGAAUCCCGCAAUUCUCCCUCCCUGCAAACGUAUUUUUCCAGUUUUGAUCAAGUCUGAAAUAUACAGCAGCAGGCAGAGACAAAGUACUCUGGUGUUUCCUGAAACUCCCGUGUCUCCACAGGCUUUCUCAUUUUGCAGUAGAGAUGGAGCAAACACUGCAGCGGCUGCAGGCAUUGAGCUCAUUGUAUUGUUGGCAGCCGGCAGUGAGUGCUGCUGACCCUGCACAUUGUGUGGCCAGCGCUGAAGCCUGUGGCGGCUCUUGUCUCACUGCUGGGCCCGAUAAUGCAGCUUGUUUGGGUCAUUUACUCAUAUGGAUGUGUUGAACUCUGUUUUCUUCACUUGAGAGGAAAUGGACUGUGGUAGAGUUUGAAAUAGAUUUAGCUCUUUUGAAGCCCUGUUUACCAUGAAUGUUUAUCUUUUUUUCUAUAAAUCAAAACAUUGUGUGCCUCCCCUUUCCAAUUAAUUUUUAUAAAUGAAACUAUGUCAACUGUAGCCAAGGUAGACCUUCGGCAUAACUGGUUAAAUUUGCUGACAGGAGAGAGAGAGAGAGAGAGAGUUAGAGUGGGCUUUUAAAUUCCACUAACAGGAAAUAGCUGUGAUUUUCUGCUCUUCUGUCAUCAGUUUUAUUUCAAGUUCACACAAAUUGAAACAGAAAUGACAGUAAUUCAUCUCUGCAGAAGUGAUUAAAGAAUCUAAUUUUCUCCAGUCUAGUUUUCCUUCCCCCUUCUUUUGGACAGUUGGUCAAAGUUUGGUGUGUUUUGUUAACAUAAACAUGUAUUUUAAUUUAGUGCUCUGUCAUCAUAUAUUUGGCUAGACCUAGUCCAGUAGAAUCUACACAGGGGUAAUCCUAUUUGUUUCAGUCGAGGUUCUACCCUGUAUGAUGGGAAUCAAGUCUGCAGAUCAAGUGUUUGAGAACUCUGAUAACACAAUUUCUAAAUUUCCACAUAUAUUUUUUAAAAAUUACUCUCUGCCUUUAUUUACUCAAGCAGUUGUGGCUGUAAGAGUCUUGCUGUUUCACCUUCAUGUGUCCGAUUGUUUGUCUUUUCCACCUGAAUGGUCUCUGGCUGCAUUAAAGGGACAUUUAUAGGCAAGGAGCUGGUUUUUGGAUAUGUCUCUCGGUAUAGGUGUUUAGUGGAUUUGGGUUCACUCCAAGUAAUGUAUCAAAAAACGUGUUUGAAUACAAUUUAACUCAGUGUAGUGUCAAGAGCACAGCCAGAAGAAAUGUGGGAUCUGUACAUGUACGUAGAACAGCCCCUGAAACCUGUUUCUUUGAAGUGAACAUUUGCAACCACGAGAAAAAAAACAGCUUUGCAUGUAAACUAAAACCAAAAACACAUUCAGUUUUAGUACAGUAUAAAAAAAAACAGUGCAUUAUCACAGAAGUUGGUAUUAUAAAUGUUCAGUUCAGCCCCUCUCUGUGUGAUUAGAGCAGGAUUCUCUUGACUUGGUUGAAGGCAGAUUGAAGGACUCUAUUUCUGGCCACCCUGCUUUGUGCUGGAACAGUAAGCCUGUCAUUUGAGUUUUGUCCUGGGACUCUUCUGCUGUGGUUAAACUUCACUUCAUAGUACUAUAUGCCCAUGAACGUAGCAUCUCUAUCUAUACCAGACAAUAGUAUGUCUUAACAAGGAAUGAAAAAGUUUCUACAUUGUCAAGGUGUUAUUAUUACAUAUACCUGAGUGUAUCCAGCACAAUGCAGCCAAGAGAGCUCUCUGACUGUUGACUUGUGUAUCUCUCAUUAGUCAUCUGGUUUCAGUUGUAUGGCUUUUCUGUGGAUCCAGCACCGCUCUACAUAUGGGAUUCCACAUCUGGCUUCAAAGAAGGCUGUUUUUGAGGCUGGGCUGCUCGCCCGGUUUCAUGAACUCCUUACCGUAACAAGUUUUUUUGUUUAAUGGUCAGUCAGACUUGUGGAAAAACUAUCAUUUGUGCGUCUCACUUACAGACCAAACUUUGCCUGUUUGCACAUUUAAAACUUCCCAUCAGCUCAGAUUUCAAAGCCUGAUGUAACGGCCCGUAUGUUCAACCAGUGUGGCUGAUAGAUGGUUCGACUGUGAGCUUUGAUUGAACCUUUGAUUUUGCAUGCUGCUCUAUGACACAUAUGGCUACCAUUAGGACAGGGCAAGGUUAUAUGAGGGCAUGUCUGCUAAGCUGGGAGGAUGGUGUGUGAACAGUCAAUUUGAGUUGGUGUAUUUGAGGUUAGGAGCAGCAGGAUUGGAGCCUGACUCAAGAUUGGGCUUUAAUGACACAGCUGAGCUGAAGCAGUGUGGCUGCCUGAGCAGGGAAGUCAUCCAAAGCAGUAGUUAAGCUACCCAUGGGUAUGGGUUUACGUAUCACCGCAAUGAAACUCCACAUACUUCCACACAACCACAGACUCUCAAACCUGAGAGUUUGUUAACAUUGCAUGCAUGUAUGCUGCACAUUUCUGUCAUCGAACUGUUUUUUUUGUCCAGCCUCCAUAUUUCAGUCAGGGUUAGAAAGAAGGUUAAACACUCUGAGAACAAAGAACAACGAGAAGAGCAACCCUUUUCAGGCAUAUGUUUACCAAGCAGAGUGCAUCCUAUCCUUGCCAAUAAAAUGUUAUUGUUGACGAGAUUUCUUUAAACUCGAGUCAUUUAUAAAAACAAUCAAUAAAAUCUUGAAUUAUGUUCAUUAUGUCUUCAGUUUCUUAGAAAUCGUUUUCUUUUUCCUUUAUCUCACACAUGUAAUCUUUUUAAGCUGAUAUGACAUGUCACACCGACCACCAAGUGACACUUCUGAGGAAGGCAGAAGUUUCUGUGGAAAUAUGUCUUGGUAUUUGAAAAAGAUUACAUGUCUGAGAUAAAGGAAAAAAGGAAACUUCCAUGAAUAAAGGGUGACAAAAGGUUGACAGAACCACACCAAAAUGAGGUGAAAAAGAUGAGUCUCUGCUCAGAGACAACAACAGUGAUUCCAUUUAACAUGAUAUUGACCAAGUCUAGCCAAAGCUAGCAUCAUUAGCUGAUAGCUCUCCUACAGAACCUCCAGUACAUCAGGAUUUUGUAUUCGCUGCGUGCACUCAGUCAGCUGAACGAUCAAACCUAUUCACCCUCACUCCACCACUAGCUGGAGCUGCUGCCAUGAUGCUGUGACGCUCUGCUCUUCUAAUGUAAACAAGCUAAGAGGACAUGAAAUUAUCCGUGGAUCUCCCGGUGUCUUCUAACUCUUCAUAACCAGGAAUGGCAACAGCAGCGUGAUUAAAUCUACUCAGCACCUUCGCUGUCAACGUUGGGUGUUGAAUAAGGGACCAUCAAUAAAUUACUGGUUGAUGUUCUCAAAAGAGGCUGUUAAUAGCUUCCAUGUCAAGUGACCAAAAGACCUAAAAUUGAUUUCAUAUAACAGUACUUAUUUCGACCAAUUAGACACUCUCUUUUUAUUUCUCUAAUUUGUCCUCCAAUAAUUUCUGUGUUAAAUUUAAAGGCAGAUUUUGAACAUUUUCUUCAAUAGCUUCUAUGUCAUGUAACCAAAAGAUCUAAAAUUGAUAUCAAAUAAUAGUACUUAUGUUGACCGAUAAGACACACAUUAUUUGAUCAAUUUUCAUUGUGCCCCUGUAGUUCUUUUGUGCUCCUUACUUUUUAACUUAAGGGUACAUUUGAUCCUUGUUAAAAAAAACUUAGUGUCAAGCCCUGAAUCUGGUGAAAAUAGCAUCAGUCCUCAUAGAGCAGGGCUGGGGGUGUAGCUCUGAUGGUGUUUACCUGCAGACCGAAUAAUCCAGUAUUUAGCUAAAUCAAAUAAUCAUUCUUCAUUCUGUUAGUUCAAGGCCUGUUGGUGCAUCCAAAGUAGUUGCUUAGGAACAUCCUGAGUACAAAUCUAUAUCUGUGGUUAGAAAACUAAAUAUGAACACACACAAACACACACAAACACACACAUACACACGUAUCACCUGAACAGACACAGGAAUGACAAAGGGAUGCUUGUCAGACUGGGCUCAUACUAAGGCUGUAUCUGUGGAUGACUUAAUGACAUGUCUGGCACAUCUCUGUGUGUCCUGUGCAGUCUUUGAAAAUUUAAUUGGCUAUUUCACCUACAAGAGGAGAUCUUUUUUAAAAUUUGUUUGAAUCUUUGACAACCUCCAAAAUCAAAAUAAAGUCAUUCCCUUCAAAACCCUGUGCACCCUUUUAUCAAAAUCAUACAAAAAUCUCAGCUAUCAAAUGAAAGUUUUCACGGCCAAUCCUUUUAGAUUUCUUUCAAACAGCAGAAUCAAAGUUUCUAUUGUUGCUACAUUUCUGACCUCAUGUCGGUGAAUAAGCUUCAUGCUGGUUGCAUCAGGCUUCGCAGAGGAAAAGUAGCUGCUGGGGACUUCAAAUACGGUUAGAAAUAUAAAAUAAAACCUUUUUGUCAAAGUGUUUGUUCUCCUGUUAGCUGAUGCAAAUGUAGAUUGUAGUAAAAUCCAAGACCAGACUUCAUCACUGGAUCCAUGACUUUGUUGAUGUGUUGAUGUGAGUGCAGCUUAUCAUAUGGCUUUGGGCCGACUUCAGUCAGUUUGCCCCGUGUUAAAUGAUCAUAUGGUCAGAUGAUCAGGCAAAGACAGGCCUCAGGGUUUUUUUUGACUUGUUUAAUGGAAAUGAUGUCUAACCAGUAGUGUGUGUUUUCAGAGCUGUGGCUUUCCGUCACUCAGCUCUCUCUCUCUCGUGUCAUUUUAAAGGUUGAGGUUAGUGGGCUGUGGCUCACAUCUGCUAUCACGAGUGAGGUAUGAAUCAAUUCCUGACUCUUGUUUUGUCAUCCCGGCGUUUCCCUCUGCUUAAGCCUCUCAAGUCUUAAAAACAUGUCCGGACCGGUUGUGCCGUGAGUGAAAAGGAUUGAGUCUGUACUUGGCUGAAGAAUUCAUUAAGGUCUACGGCGCACAGAUUUAUUUAGAAAAGGGUUUUGACGAAGGGAUUUCUAAAUCUGUGGAUCCACAGCUCCUGUUUGCUGUCUCAUUUGAGCCGGGAUUUUCUUCGACGUUUUCCCAUUUCCUGCUUUGGAGUGUGGCUGUCAUAACAUUUAUCUUUGAAUAUAAAUUGGAAAUUCUUGCGUUAAAAUGUUCUCUUUUCUGAAUUAAUCCCCUCUCCCUUUCUCCACCUCUCUGCUGCCAUAGCCUGUGUUUACUUUCCUGCAGAGUGUGGGUUCAGCUUCAAAGAGAGCUCAGGAAUGUGUGUGCCCUCCCCCCUCCAAUUUUUCCUCCACCCAGUGCUCCACUUCCCCCGUCCUUCCUCACCUAAAUAGUUACUCGCUGCUGCACUUAAAGGUGGCUUUGUGUGUGUGUAUAUGUGUGUGCGCGUGUGUGUGUGUGUGAGAACUGCUGUUGAUUACAUGUCAGGGUCCAACAGAGGAGGAUACCCUCUAAAGGAAAGACAGUGCUUGUCUCGACAUUUUCUUUUUAAGCGACCCAACUCUGCAGUUGAGUUCUCACCUUUCUGCUUUCUUCUGUGUGUGUGUGGAAACAAAGAUGGCCGUUGUUUAGAGUCAAAGGAAGGUGGGCUGAUGGAGGGUGAGGUGCCACAGAGGAGCUUUAACUGACCACUUUUUGUUUUGUUUUUCCAGAUCAGGAAGCUGUGUUGGCUGCAGUUUGAGAAAGGAACAUGGCUUCCCAAGGUGAGUUGAUUGUUUUCAGACACACACACACACACACACACACACACACACACACACACACACACACACACACUCGUCCCUGUGUCAUCAUUAGUAUGCAGCUGUUUUUUUCCCCUCGGUCAUAUUGACAGUAACAAUAAAAACAAAUAUUCAGUUUUGCUGUAGUUCACUGGCCUGUUCUCCUGCUGAGAUUUAUGGUUUCAUUGGAGCAAAAGUGAAUUAGUUAUUGAUUUCAAUUUGAAACAUAAAUUUUACUUAGUGCUUGAAAACAUUUUAACACCUUAAGUGAUAAACCACACAUCGCUCAAGUGUGUUAAAUCAACAGCUCGAGGAGCAGAUGAGAAAUCCAUCAGUGACAGUUACGCAGCAUAUUGCCUUAAUUUUUACAUUUCCCCAAAAUGUAUCAUAUCAUGUUCGAAACUGAGCUCUUUUUUUUAUAAUCGAUGUAUCCCAUUUUUCUGGUCUCCUCCCAGCUGAUCUGAUGGAGCUGGACAUGGCCAUGGAGCCGGACCGUAAGGCUGCAGUCAGCCACUGGCAGCAACAGUCUUACCUGGAUUCAGGCAUCCAUUCAGGAGCCACCACAACUGCCCCCUCCCUCAGCGGGAAGGGAAACCCCGAAGAAGAGGAUGUGGACAACCAGGUCAUGUAUGAGUGGGAGCAAGGCUUCAACCAGAACUUCGCCCAGGAACAAGUUCAAGGUCAGUACAUUCAUUACUCAAGCCUUUGACGUGUACCCCCAAAUAGCAGCUUGAGGACCAGUAAAAUAAAAACAAGGCUGUGUGUCUGCCUCUUCCAGACAUAGAUGGUCAGUAUGCCAUGACGCGUGCUCAGAGGGUGCGUGCAGCCAUGUUUCCAGAGACCCUUGAGGAGGGUAUGCAGAUUCCUUCGACGCAGUACGACGCAGCAAAUCCCACCAAUGUCCAGAGGUUGGCAGAGCCCUCGCAGAUGCUCAAACACGCCGUGGUCAAUCUGAUCAACUACCAAGACGAUGCGGAGCUGGCAACCAGAGCCAUACCUGAACUGACCAAACUGCUCAACGAUGAGGACCAGGUAGCUGUCCUAUGACCACCUCUAAAUGUUUGUUUAUUAUUAUUAUUGUUUUUCUCACCUCGCUAAUGUGCGCUCUGUCUUUUGUAGGUUGUAGUAAACAAAGCGGCGGUGAUGGUUCACCAGCUCUCAAAGAAAGAAGCCUCUCGCCACGCCAUCAUGCGCUCCCCUCAGAUGGUUUCCGCUAUCGUCAGGACCAUGCAGAACACAAAUGACGUGGAGACGGCCCGCUGCACAGCAGGAACGCUCCACAACCUGUCCCACCACAGAGAGGGUCUGCUGGCUAUCUUCAAGUCUGGAGGAAUCCCAGCCCUCGUGAAAAUGCUGGGGUAUGUGAGGGAUGAUCUGAGUAGAAGCCAUUGUGGGCCUAAGUGUUCUCAUCUGAAGAGUUAUUCUCGGUUUUUGUUAUGAAGUAGAUAUUUGUCAUAUCAGAUGAGUCUUUGGACUGUGGAGAGAUGGUGAUAGUUUACUAACUCAUCAAAUACGGAGGAUGAGCAGCAGAAAGAGCUUUAAGAAAUCUAAUCGAAUAUCAAACUGUGGGCUUAUUAUCCAGUAGAGUAGCAAACCAAUAAUAAACCUCUGUGUUUGCUUCACAGUUCACCAGUGGACUCUGUCCUCUUCUACGCCAUCACCACCCUCCACAACCUCCUCCUGCACCAGGAAGGCGCCAAGAUGGCUGUUCGUUUAGCAGGGGGUCUACAGAAAAUGGUGGCUUUGCUCAACAAGACUAAUGUCAAGUUCCUGGCCAUCACCACCGACUGCCUCCAGAUUCUGGCGUACGGAAACCAGGAGAGCAAGGUAAAGGGUCGGGGAAGGAUGGUGAGAAUGUCACAGUGGAUGUUACAAGAACAAAAAAGUCUUAAUCAUCUCUUCUGUUUUCUUCCACUGUAGCUGAUAAUCCUGGCCAGCGGCGGCCCCCAGGCCUUGGUCAACAUCAUGAGGACUUACACCUAUGAGAAGCUUCUGUGGACCACAAGCAGAGUCCUCAAAGUUCUGUCAGUCUGCUCCAGUAACAAGCCUGCCAUUGUAGAAGCGGGUAUGUCUGCUGUCUGUAACUUUCAGUCUGCUUAUCGUGACUGUGAGCGCUGCAGGUCACACACAUGAUUAAUAUGGUGUGUUGUAGUGUUCAGAGUCACGUGUCACAGAAGUCACAUUCUCACCAUCUGUUUUCGUUGGUCCAGGAGGCAUGCAGGCUCUCGGACUUCACCUGACAGACCCAAGCCAGAGACUGGUCCAGAACUGUCUUUGGACUCUCAGGAACUUAUCAGAUGCUGCCACCAAACAGGUAAUGAGAGUUUUCAAGUCAUUUUUUUGUUUUUGAUACAAACACUGUGCGCUCCAUUUCUCUUUUAAUUUAAUUUUUCUUUGACACUGUCUCUCUGCAGGAGGGAAUGGAGGGUCUGUUAGGGACUCUGGUCCAGCUACUGGGCAGUGACGACAUUAACGUGGUGACCUGUGCUGCUGGAAUCCUAUCUAACCUGACCUGCAACAACUACAAGAACAAGAUGAUGGUCUGCCAGGUGAGAAACACAGUACAUUAAUUAUUUCAGUGUUGUAAUGUAAUGUUACCAAUGUAAGAACACUCUCAGUGAGGCUGGAGCGUCCAUUAAUCUGUUGAAUGUCUGUCUGUUCAGGUCGGAGGCAUUGAGGCGUUGGUUCGCACGGUGCUGCGGGCUGGAGACAGAGAAGACAUCACAGAGCCGGCUAUUUGUGCCCUGCGUCACCUCACAUCCAGACACCAGGACGCCGAGAUGGCACAGAACGCCGUCAGGCUCCACUACGGUCUGCCUGUGGUGGUUAAAUUACUGCACCCGCCUUCACACUGGCCACUCAUUAAGGUACAGACACGCACAAACACACAGUAGCCAGCAGCAGCAGCAGUCUGCCGCGUUAGUUGACACUCACACUGGCAGCUGCUCAUAAUUCCUAUGAAAGUGAGUUUUACUCUUGACCUCACAUCGACUGUUCGGUGUUGCUUUGCUUGAAUGUUUCUAGUUUUUUGUCCUUGUCCGAUUCAGAAGCUGCGAAAUAUGCUUGAAUACUGGUAUCCAGGAUAUAUGAAUGUAAAACUUGCUUUUCUUAUCACUGGAUUGAAAAAAAAAAAGACUCACAUUGCAAGCACAAACCAGAGAAAGACUUCUCAGUAAGAAGGGAUUUAGGUGUGCAUAUCUUGAGAUUACAGAAAUGAUGUGCAUCGCUCUGUAAGUAACUUUGCUUUAGUUCCUAAUCUGAUGUGACUGAUGGUAAUCUCGAGCUGAGGUUUCAAACAGCUGUAGUGAAAUGAAACUGUGCUCCUUCAUCAGGCCACAGUGGGACUGAUCCGUAACCUGGCUCUGUGCCCCGCCAACCACGCUCCUCUGAGGGAGCAGGGAGCCAUCCCCAGACUGGUCCAGCUGCUGGUCAGAGCCCACCAAGACACACAGAGACGCACCAGCAUGGGAGGCACGCAGCAGCAGUUUGUGGUGAGAACAGACGCAGAGCUCUUUAGAGAAAACAAACAAACAAACAAAAGACAGUAUGACGGGAUUGUGUUGGGUAGGGUUUAGUCGGGUCAUAUUUUUAUCUUUAAAUUGAUCCCAUCGCUGCCCUCUUGAGUUUGUUGUUUCUUCAAAGUUCCACACACUCUUCUAAACUAAGCUUUCAACUGUUUAUUAGGAGGGAGUCCGUAUGGAGGAGAUCGUGGAGGGCUGCACAGGAGCACUUCACAUCCUCGCCAGAGACGUCCACAACAGGAUAGUCAUCAGGGGGCUCAACACCAUUCCACUCUUCGUACAGGUACAAACAUUCGCCGUCUCUCUACGAGUCGCUCGCUGUGACGCCUUGAGAAUCACCUGAAGUAACUCUGUGUCUGUGUGUUCCUGUGCAGCUGCUGUACUCUCCCAUUGAAAACAUUCAGCGUGUGGCGGCCGGCGUCCUGUGUGAGCUCGCCCAGGACAAAGAAGCUGCUGAGGCCAUCGAGGCUGAGGGAGCCACCGCUCCUCUCACAGAGCUGCUGCACAGCCGCAACGAAGGAGUUGGUACGUUUUUAAAGUCAAAGCUGAUGACACGAGCUCUUAUGAUGAGAUAAAAUACUGGCACUGAAAGCAGGAAUGUAUGGAAAUGAAUUAGAUCAAUUUCCAGGUCUUAAAAAGUAUGGAAAAUGAAAAAUAAAGUAUGGAAAAAUAUUUGUUUUCAGACUAAUUUUCCAAAAUGGAAAAGUAGGUAUUUCUGAAAAUAAUUCUAUAAAGUAGGGUAUGGAAAAGUAUGAAAAGUCCGAACAUAUAGGAACCCUGCUAAAGUCAUUUUUAAAUGGGUUUUAAAUCCACUUUUUUUCCAGACCUGUUCCUCGUCCUCUCUUGGAGCAGUGGCUUUAUUUCUUCUCUUUACUAACCUGCCAUUAAACUUUUCUCUCAGCCACCUACGCUGCAGCUGUUUUGUUCCGUAUGUCAGAGGACAAACCUCAAGACUACAAGAAACGCCUCUCAGUAGAACUCACCAGUUCGCUCUUCAGGACAGAACCAAUGGCCUGGAAUGAGGUAUGAAAACUCUUAAUGAUGAGCUCUCUUCAUUCGUUGCAAAUGUUUCUAAAGGGCAAAUAAAAGCCUGACUAGCUGAUGAUUGUCAGACUACUCAUCCUCUUUUCUGUGUGUGUGUGUGUGUGUGUUUCUCUGCAGACUGGAGACCUAGGUUUGGACAUUGGAGCUCAGGGUGAGCCUCUGGGCUACAGACAGGAAGGUAAGUCACCCUCUGACCUCUAGCAGGCUGGGGGGGCUCCCAGGGGAAACACGGGAGGGAUGAAGAUGUCAAACAUACACACCAGAGCAGUGAGACUGCCACAAAAACAGAGAUUAGAUUUUUUUUUUUUUCUGUGACUAAUUGGACAGACAGUCUCUGCUCGGAGUGUUUCAGUCCCUUCUGUUGUAAAGUUUCUCUAAAACAGUGGACCUUCUCUGUCCUUAUUAAACUGACGCACAACCAGACCUGUCACAGUCCAACGCCUGAGCUGGGUCUUCCCAUCAUUAGGACUGCUAAUGACAGGAUUUACUGUUCACUCUGAACUUCAAAGUAGUGUUGCCCUUCACCACUGACUCAAGUUACCUGAGAUAGAUCCUCAUCCCAGCUGUGAGAGUGGAGAACACCAGUGUGUUCAGAAACUCAACACUGCUGCCUGCAGUCAUUGUCACAGUUGGCUCCCAGAAUGCAGCAGGUGCAGCAGGACCUUGGACUGUGGACUGAUCGAUAGUCUGAGGGCUGAGGGUUCGCUGUGUAUUUGAGUUUACAGCUCGCUCUGUUCCUCCAGCAUUGUUUUCACAGUGGAGGUUUAGGCUCAAUUAAAGCUAACACGUAAAUUUAUCUGAGAAAAACAGAGACGAUGAGGGCGUGAGCUAAAAGCCCCUCAGCUCACAGAUAGUUGAGUCUGUUGGAGGUCUGUGUGUGUGUUGUGUGUGCCGUGUGUAGCUGCUGUGCAGUGUUCGAAUGAUCAUACUACUGUGUGACGGCUUGGUUUGUUAACAUGCUUCUAACAACUGCUCUGCUUCCCCUGCUUCUCCUCCACCCACUCCUCCCUUCCCCCAGACCCCAGCUACCGUUCCUUCCACUCAGGGGGUUACGGAGGGGACACGAUGGGUUUGGAGCCCAUGAUGGACCAUGAUCUGGGUGGGGGCCACCACCCUGGCCAGGACUAUCCCCCUGUAGAGGGGCUGCCUGACCUGGGACACGCCCAAGAACUCAUAGAGGGUCUGCCACCUGGUGACUCCAACCAACUGGCCUGGUUUGAUACCGACUUGUAAAUACCGAGACCAACAUUACACUACACUUUCUACUAGGUAAGGAGGUCUUCACACUCAGGGCGGCAUGUGAACAAUCAAAGAUGAGACCCUCUCUCUCUUUUUAUUCUGUUUUCUGAACCAAAUGUUUAAGUGGAAGUAAACUGUGGAGGUUUUCUGUCAUGACUGAUCGUCUGAUGGGGAAGAGGAGGGUGGGAUUACUCACUGUGGCUGUUGCAUGUUCAGACUGCUCCUAAUUAUACGGCUGUGUGAUGUGGGGUGUGUGUGUGUGUGUGAUGUUUCACUGGGUUUGAUCUGUGUGUGUGGUCUAAACCGUCGCCUGUGCCCUGUCUCCUUCCUCUCACCUCCCUGGUUUUGGACUCAUUUUCUUCUUUUUUCCAUCCUCCCCCUCUCCUCUCCUCUCCUCUCACAGCUGUAUCAUGUGAUCUGGAUGAACCUGCAUCGUGAUUCGCCCAUAUGGAGGAGGCGGGGUUUCAGAAAGUGCCUGAAGAUGACUCAACAACAACAACAAGCAGAGUUUCCUGUCUAUGGGAACUCCAUUGGGACAAACAAGAUUAAAGUGCGGUUCCGCUCUCAGCCCGGCAGAAGGCUGAUUUUAAAUCCUGACACGACACAUGGAUUUUGAUCUCAACAGUUAAUUUUUUGAAAUCCCUUUUCUGUAUUUUGUUUUUCAUUUUUACUACUUUUGGUUGUUUUACUUUUUUUAUUCUGUUUUUCUCAAGUCUGUAAUGGUACAAACGGAUUCUAGCUUGCUUUUUUCCCCAUCCUUCUGAAUUAUGAUACUCAUCCUUUUGUUUUCGCAGUCCCUUGUAUUUUAAGUCUCUGGUAGUGUUGAGUUUUUUAGUGCUAAUGCUCCAUCAAAGUAAAAGAAACUGAUCACAUUUUAAAUGGUGUCCGAACACUAAAGUUAAUCAGUUGAAUUGUAUUCUGAUGAUCAAGUGUAACAUUGUGUAGCUUUUGUAUAAAAACAUGAAUUGGAAGUCAUGGUCCAAAUAUCAAGCUAUUUUCUUGCUUUAAAGGUGGACACUGAUGUGUCCCUGCUGUUCCAAAGGGGGUGUAGCUGACCUAGCUGGAGGGGGGAGGCUGUGGAAGGACCAGGGUGUAGGAGGGCUCUUAUAGGCCUGCUGUUACUAAGGGGAGGGGGUCAUGGGAGGAGCUGGUUGCUGUAGCCUGCUGUGUUCUGAAACAAUAAAAUGGACUGUCAUUUCACCUGGA